ACAAAAAUAUAACCUGAACGGACUUCCUGCUUUUGUUAGGUUGUGCUCACUGUCAUGUAUUUAUCUGACAUGUUUUUCUGACAACCAGACAACGUUUUCCGCUGAAUUAGUUAUUCUCACCGACUGAUAAUUGUUAAUAACGCGGGUCGAUGUCCAAAGACAACCGCCAUGACGGACGGCGGCGUGGCGCUGGGCAGCACCGUCUCGGCCCGAGAGUUAGCCAAGGAGGAGACGGGAGGGAGAGGUCUGGUAGCAACAGCUCUGGCUCUUCGCAUGGAGGGGGCAAAAGCAAGAAUGCAACCAUAUCCGCAUUGAAGGUACGUGUUUGCCUCAUUACUUGUUAGUUUUUGAUAGGAGAGUGAAGACAGUCCAGAUAAAGUAAUGGACUUUACCUGCCGCAGGUGUGCUGACUGCCCAGGUGGUCAUUUCACUGCAGGGGUGCCUCUCAAAUCAGGUUGCAAUGGUGGUAUUUUUUUGGAAGCUGAACCAUUAGUGAAUUUAUUUAUAUAUAUUUUAAUGUGUGACUCGUUUUUUUUUCUUUUUAAGUUUGCAGUCAAACCAUGUGGGCUUAUGUGUUUUGUCCCGCAGCGGCCUCUGUAUCAUCAAAUCAGAUCCAGAGCAUCAUCCCUUUGCAUGGUUCAUGCACGCAGCCUCUGAGCCUGCAGCAACACUCAUCUCUAGCAGCACAGGCUGAGGGGGGCAGAGCGAGCGGCAGGCCUGCUGUAUGCACAUGACUGCGCAGUGCUGUGGCAGAAGGAGAGUGAGAGAUGAGAAACAGAGAGAGAGAAAGAGAGAGAGUGUGGGGGCUCUGAUGCAAGAAGAGCAAGGCAAGAAGAGGAGAGAGGCUGCAAAUAUAGGAGAAGGGAGUAGUGGGCAUAUAGACAGCAGGCCUAACUCAGCAGAGCUCUGAGGGUUCAAGCUAGAUUGCAUUUAGAGAUACAGACAGGAUAGUUUAGGUGAAAGGCGGGACUGGAGAGCUACUGAGCACUUGUCUGUCUUAGCCGGCCCUGGGAGAGGAGUUGACACAGCUGGGCAAGUUGCUAUGACACUGUGGACUACACAGUGGGAGUCUAUUUUGGUCGUACCCUCAGAUGACGAUGUCACCUUGCACAAGUGGUCGUGCUGGUGAGGGGGAACAGGUUGCUUAAAGUGGGCUCCAAAAGUAUGUCAGGGGUGGAGAAGGAUGAAGAACCUGCUUACAGACUCUACUUCUACUGUGUAUGUAUCCUCUAAUCUCUUUCUCUGUGUCUCGACUAAUGAGCUAGAUCAACCCAGACUGCAUGCGGUGUCUGACUUGCAUCUGUUUGUUGGCCUUGCCAAAAGGGAAACCCUACACUUGCUCCUUACUCAGCACGGUCUAGAAAGUAAGAGCUCACUGUGGUGCAUGAGGAAAGGCUUGGUGGGCUAGGGAACUUUUAAGAGAUUGGCUCCACAUUGUGUUUUGUUCCUCAACAGUGCAGUCUAUGAGACGGCUUGUUUGUAGCUAAUUAAAUGGAUCAAGAGAAUGUUGCUGUAAGCCCUUUUUGCCCCAGGCUGCUACUACUGCUGAACACAGGUAGCCAAUAGUUUAGUAGGUAAGAUAAUCUCACAACAUUAGUCCGUCAUCUUGUCGCUACCAAACCAAAGGACAAUGAGAUCAAAUAUUCACUGUUUUUAAGCAGGAGAAGGUGCAUGCAGCUGUACUGACCCACCUCGCUCGUUCAUUUCUGCAAUGUCUGCCUGUGUUGUUGUUUGAUGUUCUUUUAUCUCAUUGUGGCCCUUCUCUACUUGGCCAAAUAAAGCCCAGGCCACUCGACAUGUAAAGAAUUUCACUCACCAAAAGUAGGUCAGCUGGGUAUCUCCCUUAGGGACAUUAAAUAGUAUCAGACUGAUACACGCAUGCUGUUUCUGCAUGUGUAACACCUAAUGAGCCAUGCUCAUCACGCUCAUUAUACAACUCGCCGUAAAGGAUAGUCUAAAGAGAUUGUUGCAUGUUAAUGCAGCAUGGAGCUAGGCCCAGGUAUUAUUUGUUUACUCAAAGCCCAGGGAAAAAAACAAAAACUUGUGUCCCCGGUCUCUGCAAUUGCGAGCAAGUGUGGUGGAUGAAUAAUUUAGCUGUAAAUUUAUAGUCUGAAUAUUGGUGUUGGUGAGAGACAGCCAGGAAAAGAGAGAACAGUUUGUUCCAUGACUCAUUCACUAUGAAGAGUGGAGUUGGGCCUUGAUUUUUAUGUUGGUUUUAGGUAACAAUGUAUUCUUAGUCUGAAACAGCAUCUUAUAGUUACAUGACAGAAAUAGCCAAGUUUGCUGUGGAGUUGUCAACACUAGGUUACAUCAUCUGUGGACACUAUAGAAAGAGGGGGAAGAGUAAGUUUGCUUUUGUGUUUUUGUAUGAAUAGAUUGUGGGAAGUCUGAUUAUUUGGUCACACAGGAUAACAGACAAUUCAUAUCAAGCAAACGUGGAUACAAAGCCUGCUUUGCUUUCUUGAAUAAGUUGAAGUCCAAUGUUGUGCAUACAUUGGGUGCAAAUCAGAUUUACUAUGUGCAUUAAUGCAUGAGCCUUUAGCAGAAUUGCCAAAUUAGAGUUAUCCUCCAUUAGAUAGAGAUGCAAAGAAAUGCUAAAACCACGUUUGAUCAUCGGGCAUCUUAUUGUCCCGUAUAUAAAAGAUGUGAUUUCUCAGGAUAUUUAUUUUAGCUCACAGUGUCUCUGCCUCGCCCCAGAUUGCAGUCAAGUUCACUGAUGCAUAUUCAAUGUGUAGGUCAACCAUGAUGCAUGCUGGGCACAAAGCGGGUGCAGAGCUUCUGCCUCUAGCUGUUUCUUGUCACAGUGUGUGCCAGUGGUUCUCCUCUGUGGACGUAAUGUGUGCAGUGUUGUGGCUGCACUCACGACACACCACUACAAAACAAGCAUGGGAGAAAUAACAGAAUUUUUUACGUGAGAAUUGAGAAUUUAGAGCAGAUAUUUUUCAAAAACAUGUCUGAGUUUUUGACAGGUUAUAAAACAAACAGUGUUGCCUCUUAAUGACCGACAAAAUCAAACAACACCAUCAUCAACAAGACAGUCUUUUUCUAUUCUGUACUUUUCAAUGCCUCAAACCAGUGUGAGGGGGUGGGUUUUGAGAUGAUUUACAGCACACUAAAGAAACAGCCGACUUUCACUUUCUCCUAAGGUAGCUACUCAUAGAGAGAGUUUCAUUUCACUGUGACAAGACAGCAGGAUGAGAUUUUACAGUCAGGAAACACUUCUUUGACACGUACAGAUGGACAGUAUCAGCUGAGAGGCUCUGCUUCGUCUGUAGGGGUUACCAAAAUCAACACAAACAGAGAGUGUAACACAAGAGCUUGAAAUAUAGUUUGCAGUUUGGAGCAUAGGGACUUGUGAAGCACAAGACAAGGGUGUCUUUCUUAGGUCAAGAUGUUAAAAAGUAUUUUUGUUUAUACUGAGUUAGGUUUUAGGAUUGGACAGUAGGCUUUAUAUGGACUACAUGCCUUGUAGUCCUCAGCACUUUAUGCACUGAAGAAGGUAGAGUACACUAUGUAAAGUUAUCUAAAAUAUAGCGCCAUUCUAAAGGCUGAUAUAGUCGACCAUCCACAAUACUUUUACUUCUGCACAAAUCCAGGACAGAAUUUGUUUUGAGUGGAGGUAACAACAGUAGCAGGAUGUAGCAACAGUUAGCCUAUAGCCUAUAGCCUUGGGCUGUGUUACCAGUCAGCUCAGUAAAUCUAUUUUGUUUGUGUCAACUCAUCCCAGCAGGAGACCAAACAAAAUUUAAGCCAGAGAAAGUUGAGCUGAGCAGACUUCACUUUCGAUGAAUCUAAUGAAUGUGAGAACAUAAACAAACUAAAAUGUGUUGCAGCAGCAGAGUUUUGGCUCGUUCGAGCCUGUUGUUGAAUUGAAGGUUAAAUAAAACUUUCAGUGGUGUCAUACUGCCCUGCCAUUCCUCUUUUGGUUUUCCAGAUGAAGUGCAAAAGUUGAUGAAUUGAAUCCCUUUCUCUCUCUCUCUUGCAGGCUUCUUUUCAGCGCUCCAACAGCCUCGACAAAGUGAGGAAGAUUGUCGCAGAAGAGGGCCGCGCUGCUCGAAACCUCAUCGCCUGGAGUGUACCUCUGGAGAACAAAGAGGAGGAAGGUUGGUAGCUGCAUGCUAAUAUGCUAUUAUUCUGCUUUGUGGUUUCUCACUACCGCCAAAUAAUCACACGAGUUGUUACUGUAAAAAAGACUGUGAUGUGAAAGAUUGUGUUGCUUACACCUUCUUUGUCACUUGUAGAUAUUUGAACUCAUGUGAACUUCCUGUGUGUUUUACAAGUCUGUGAGCCCAUGCAAGUAGUUAAAACCAAACUUUGCUUUUUCAUUCUGAAAGAAAAUGAUCGUUCAGUGUCUAACUUGUCCAGUUUUUGAAUGUAUUUUCUUUUGUAUCCAGGCAGUCCUCUGUUACAUUAUUUAAGCGUUGUAUCCAAAGACAGCUUCCUUCAGUCCAUCCUACUCAGACACCCCCACCUCUCACUGCCUCUCACUUUGUCUCACUUGCACACUCGCUCUCCCUCUUCUUUUGUGGGUCAGAGCAGUUAUUUUAUUCAAAGCUUAUUUGCUCUCUUGAGUUUGUGCCAUGAAUUCCAGAGAUCUUUUCACAGCCAUGUUCCAGUUAAGGUUUCAUAUUCCGCCUUCUGUAGAUGUUUAUCAAAUGAGCUGAUCAUUUACACUUGACACUCAGUUAAGCUUACUGUUGGUCCACUUCCUGUUGCUGGGCAUUUGUGGUGUUUGGAUAUCAUAGUCAUUUAAAACUACCCCACUGUGACCACUACUUCAUCAGUUGUCUCAGGUCAACAGAUGCAUGCUGGUUGUUCCCUUUUAAGAUUUUUGUGAUUGUUGAUUUUAUGAGUCGGUUUAUCACCUUUUUUCCCUCUCUAUAAAGCAAAGUCUAAAAGCAACUCAAGUGGCAGUUCCAGAGCUCAGAGGAUAAAUUCUGGGCAACAAAGAAACAAAAAACAGGUCAGUAUUAUCUUCUAUCACUAGAGGGCAGCAUUGACCAAGUUUACUCUUGUUUAUUAAACCCUGCUCUUGAAGUGCAUCUGAGGUUGUGAAAUCUGCAUGAAACCCCAAAUUACCCGAGCAGCACAUCAUCUUAAGUCAUUCUUAGUGGAAUAUUAAAUUCACUUAUUUUUCAUUUUUUAGCUAUAAAUUAUAAACUAUAUUGACUAGUGAUAUCAGGCAUACGUCAGUGAAAACCAUGUGUCUCCAAUUGGAUAAAUGCCCCACACUGUUAUGACGGAUUUUUUGUUGCUAUAAUUUCUGUUCCAUGCGUUGUCUCUACAGAAUGCUGGUGUUGAAAUUAAAAACUCCGCCGGCGCUUUGUUGGACAAGGGGCCAGAGAAGAGCCCUACCAAAACCAGGCAGCCCCGCAAAGUGGAUCUGCGAGCACGCUACUGGGCUUUCCUCUUUGACAACCUGCGCCGAGCCGUGGAUGAGAUUUAUGUCACCUGUGAAUCCGAUCAGAGCGUCGUGGAGUGCAGGGUUAGUCGCACAUACAUGCAGAGACUUUCCAAUAUUUGUUUUGAAUCUAAAGGUUUGUGUGGGAAAACCUGAAGGGUCUGGAUUUUUGAGCACUAGAGGGCGACAUAGAGACCACAACAAUUCCUCCAUUCCUCUUUGCAUUCCUCUUGAAUUCUGCUUUUUGUCAGAGGGGUUCUCUGAAGGCUCGCUGAUGACAGAAUUAUCACAGACCUUCCUCCUUGGUGGGGCUGACGCGACUCCAUAAUGAUCGUGAACCAAAAACAGCACUUUAAUUGUCACUGAGCUAUUGCCGUAAUUAAAACUGGGUUGUUUUGGCUCUUUUUGGUGUAUGGCAUAUUGCUCACACAGUUAACAGUAUUUUUGCAAUGCUUCUGUCACGUGGAUGGUAAUGUUUGCUUUGGAUGCAGCUGAAGGCAACCAAUAGAUUGUUAAUUUUGCUGCAUGGACUGGUCUGGCUGAUAUCAUGUGUGACAGUCUACGGGUUUUAUGAUAAGGUCAAAUUUUUCCGAUGUAAAAAGAAAAUUACAGUCAUCUUAUAUAACUGUACUUCAACUUAAUCAGCUGCUUGUUUGAAGCCUUUAACAACAGAACAUCUGAAGUCCUUAAAGACCACUGAACAGAAUUGUGUAUUUUUAAAACCAUAUUAAUAUGAUUGUCAUAUGCCUAAUUAAAGUGGUUUAAAGAAAUUAUCAUUUUACAUUAGCUCAAACUAUGUGUGAAACAUUGUGAGAUUUUUGUCUUGUGCCAAUCAUAUCCCUGAUAAAUAUGUCGGCUUUUUUUUUAUCCUCAGUUAUUUAAUAUCAAAAUGAUCAUUACUAAUAAUAAAUCCUGGCUGUAAUAGCUGAGCAUAUUUACAGUAUAAACCUCAUCAAUGAACUAUGAUGGCAAAAAACAAUAAUCAUUCAUCAAGUAAACUCUUGUUAAAACAUGAGUAAAAUGUUCAGCACAAGAGAAUCCUCGGUGUGACGUUGUGAUUUUGUUGGUAUGAUGCACUGCUCUGUGUUUUAUUGAUCCUUCUAUCAUGCUGCAUUAUGCCGAACAUGGUUCUGGUGACCGUCUGCGGUCAGUACCCCAGCCCAUUUCCCUGUGGUGUGGCUGGCUGUCAGUGCCUAUGGCGUGAUCAGCAUGUUGUCAGUGAGCCUGUGGCUGACAUCUGGCCAGAGUGUUUUUUUUUUUUUUUCUCCCCUCUUGCCACUGUAUCUCUCCACAUCCUAAUGCUACCUAAUAGCCAAGAAGCUGGGUGCUGUACAUAAUCCCUCUUCCCACCCAGCUUGGCCUUAAUGGACACUGAUAGAUGAUGGAGUCAUCCGGAGGGGAAGCAGAGUGCUCUGGUUUCCUCCAGCCACGAACCCCCAGAGUAGCUGCAUUAUUUGCACUUUGACAACCAGCUAUAAAAAUGUAUUAAAGUAUUUGUGGCAAGUAUUUCAAGCUUCCCUGCAGUGCUACUGUAAUACUCUGUGUAAUUUUGACCGAGAGCCUUGGUGCUGUUUUAUAUUUUAGUACUCAGAGGUAUGUUGUUAAUCCAGCAGAGUGAUUCAUAUCAGCCAAUUUAAAGUGCUUACACCUCUGAAACAUCAGUCCUGAUAGUCUUUUUUCCUAUCUAUGCUGUAUUUGACAUAUUUCAUCAAUAAGAAAAGGAUUUGACACUACAGUUUGUUUGGGAGUAGUUAGGUUUAUAUUUAUAUAAUACUUAUAAGUGGCUACCCUAAUCUUAAACAAUUUUAACUUUAAGAAUGAAAUUAGUCAAGAAUGUGAAUCAUUAACACGAGGUCAGCCAGCCUGAUCCAGGUUGUAAUUGUUUAUUCUUGUCCCCUCGUAUGGACCACAACCUUUUACAACCUGUCUGCUUGAUGACAAUGCCUCUGUAAGGGUUUAACAUUUUGUCAUCCCCAUGAAAUUUUAUGUGAUGGUUGUAUUUAGGUAAGUAAGCCUUUUAACAUGUCGAAAGCCACUUUACAAUGCCUUCAGUCACUGUUGGUUUAUCAGUCAGAGGAGCAGCAAACCUCUCUCUCUCUCCAUCUCGGCCUUCAUUACCAAAUGAACAGCACGCCAUAGCAGCAGUCUUCGCCUGUUAACCAGCUGUAAUAAGCGGACCUGCUGCUGGACACAUCUUUCACCAGCCUGACUCGUCUAUUAACUAAAAGCACUGUGAAGCUUUACUCUCAAUUACCACUCCCUUCACGCUCCCCAUCAAUCAGUUGUGUUCGUUUCAUUAGAGCAGUGGGAAAAGCGUCCACAUGGCCCUCCACUUCUUGAUAACAAAGACUGCCAGUUUGACCAAGUGCAGAUAAAGUAUGUGUGCAAUUCAGAGUUUGCCUUUUCUUUUGGUCCAAUCAAGGGUUUGUCUGAGCGUAUGUGUGGCCCACCUCUUCCUAUUAGCAAACACUAUACCAAGUUUUGAGACUAACUCUAGUAGCAGGUUUGGGCUCUGAAUAUGCUACCAAAAGCAGAAAAAAUGAUAGUUUACUGUAGGGUGAAAUAAUGUCUUUUUGUUUUUGGUUAAUUUCCCAACCUCACAAAAAAUAUGUUUCCUCAUUUUAUGUUUCCAGUAAAACUGAUAAAGAUAUGUUUGGACAAAUCUUUGAAAUCUCUUUUUUUUCAGAAUCUUAAAUAUGAAAAAUCUUGGUCUUUUUAUGGCUCUUGAAACUGAACUCAUUGCUUCACUUUACCUUGUCUGAUAAUUAUCCCUCAGAGACAUGCAUCCACUAGUUCUCACCUUUCUUCUUCUUCUUGUUUUCAGGAGGUGUUGAUGAUGUUGGACAACUACGUCCGGGAUUUUAAAGCUCUUAUUGACUGGAUCCAGCUUCAGGAGAAGUUGGAGAAAACAGAUGCUCAGAACAGGUGAUGCACUCUCUCAUUUUCUUCAUGUCUCACUCUUGUUUACCUCUAGUUCACUAUUUGAGAGUUUAUCCCUGAGGUAAAUCUCUAAGUGGUGGAAUCUGUUCCUUGGCUUUGAGUCUCACACAGAAUAGAUCGAUUGCUUUGGCUUUAAUUCAAAGAGACCCAUGAGCUGAAUUACUGGCCUGUCUUUAUCACAGCGGCCACUGCAAUCAUAAAUUGACUAAGGAAUGAAAUUCUCUCUGCUGCUGCCCAGUUUGUUCAUUUACACCGUAUUGUUAAUCAAUAAGACAACCUGCAGCUUUAACUUGUUCCAUUUAUAGCAGAAAUUGCAUUCGGUAAAUCAGCCGUUUAACCGAUUCACCAAAGAGUGAGCCAGCUCUUUUGUGGCCAGUGUUAUUAAAGUAAUUUCUGCAACUUUCACUUUCCCAGGCCCACGUCUUUGGCGUGGGAGGUGCGCAAGAUGUCCCCAGGACGUCAUGUAAUGCCAAGCCCCUCAGCUGACAGAAUGGUUCCUUCUCCUGGCGCCCGUCGCACCCUCAACUUUGGGUGAGCUCUGUCCCACUGUCAUCUCUCUAUUCCUGCUUUGAGGCCUGUUUUCUGUACCCAUAAUCCUCUAGCAUUUGAUUCAGCUAUAAAGAUCAACACAACAUUUUAAUUGAUUAGAAUUAAAACCAUAAUGCAUCUAGUUAUUAACCAAUCAAUAUUUUAAAUGAUACACCCUUCCUGUUAGAAAGUGCAGCCUAUGUUAUCUCGCCAUGCAGCCAUUGAUCAGUGAUGGUAGAGCAUUUGUUUAAUGCAAUUUGUUGAGUCCUCCACUCUUUGGCUACAAGAGUAAGUGGAAGGUGUAGAUGAAAGUGUCAGUUAAAGACUGCUGAAGCAUUGGUUCAAUAUGCACGCUGAUCUGUAAUCAGACGCUACAGGAAAUGGAUAUUGAUCAUGACGGAGGCCAAAAAGGCCAGUCCUGUGCGAUCUCUGAGUGGAGAGCGCUGGGGUGUUUACCUCUGUGUUUAGGCUGUUCAAAUAACUUGGACAGGCAUCUCUGACCUGAAUAAAAACAUUAAAUGAAGUUAAAUAAAAUCAUUUGCUGACAUUUAAAACUUCGUGGUCAAGGUGCAUAUUUGUUCAUCGUUUUCCCCGUACUGUAUGAUAUGUGUGUGUGUGACUUUUUUAGUGGCCCUCCACCUACACUGGCAGCAGCCCGGCUCUCCCACACAGGCCCCAGCUGGGCAGACAGAGUGAAGUGCACUCAAUCAGCGCCGAGCUCCACUCAGCCGACCAACUCCCCUGUCGAAAAGCUGGGUAAGAAAUCUCUGUCGUUACAGAGCAAAGCAAUGCAUCCUUCUCUCCUCGACUGACACGCGUUUUUUUCCGUCCUCCAGGCAAAAAAGACGCAGAGGGUUGGGAGACGGUCCAGCGAGGACGCACUGCCAAACCUCGCUCUGCUGCUAUGGUUGCCAAAGUCAGUCCUGUCUUGGCUCAUGUCACUCCAAGACAGGACAACGCCAAGGUUAACCAGCCACAACUUCCGCAACAGAAGGAGCAACAACUCCAACCCCAGUGUCCCCCAGAAAAAGACAAAACUCCAACAGACACUCAGCAGAAAGUUCCCGCAAAGCCCGACCCCCCGGAGAAGGUUGAAAAUCCAGAGAAUGAGCAAAUCAUGGAGGUACUGUACUUCAACACUUUGUGACUUCUGUUUUCAAGAGCUUUCCCAGGAUAUCAAUUCUCAAUUAUCAAUGAAGAGCAGAGUAAAAGCAGACCAUUUUAUCAGCCACAUUUGCUCUGUUUUUGGGCUCUCUGUCUUACAUAGACAUACCACCCAGACUGGCAUAUCAACUUUAGGAUUGAUGGUACACUGCCAUUUCAGAGGCAGAAAACCCAUUUUCAUUCUCAUGAUCUAGACACUCAUUCUGUACCUUCUCACACACUUCAGAAGUGUGUGUGUGUUUUUAGCAGCCGUUUGGCUUUCGAUACAAAUCAGCACUUCCAAUCAUUCAGCCUAGACUGAUCUUAAUUGGAUGUUUAGGGCAUGUCAGUAUCAGCUUUCCUGCAUGGUUUGUGUUUUUAGCCUUGAAUUGUGUUGAGUAUUGACUGGUUUGAUUUUUUUGUUGUUAUUGCUGUCAUAAAUUGCUUGAAAUAUGCAUGUAUUUAAUUGAAUGUGCGUGUGUUUGUGUGUGACUGUCGGUGCAGCCCCCAACAGCGAGUGUACAAGACUCGGGGCAGUGUGUCGACUCACCCUGCGAAGACGCGCCUCCCCCAAUACCAGCUCCUACCCCUUCCAAAGUCCCAGAGCUGACCCCAUCCUCAGCCCCAGUCCCACCAACAGACAUUACCUUAUCGGUCCCCACAGUCCCAGCUCUGGCCCUCUCCCCAUCCCCAGACCUUCCCCAGACGGAUGGGCUCAGCGCACUGCUGGCCUUGGGGGACAGUGGGGCUGAGGGGGGCGCGUCACAGGGCACAGCCACAUCUGCUCCAGGACAGACUGGGACUCCCAUGGCAGCGGUGAAACUGGAGAGUGUGCUGGACCCCACAGAGCUUUCUACUGUGAGUGCUGAGAGAUGGAGGAGCAGAGGGAGGGGAGGGUGGGGGCAAGCAAGAGGUCCCUGAGGGUCCUUCACCGCCUAAACAAAGUCAAUCUUAAGAAACUGCCAGACCAAAUGUGCGGGCAAGACUGCAUAGCUCUGUGUAGUGUUGUUGUAGCACAGUUUACCGUGAAGAAAAGCUGUGGGUAGAUGGCUUUUGUACUUGAGCAAGUGUUCCCAGAGUGUCGGCCAUAACUGAUCUCUCCACUUGUUUGCUUUAUUUUAGCCACUUUUAAUAUUCUAUGCCCAAAAAGUUUGAAUUGUGGUCUCUGUUUCCAGUUUAUAUCCAACCCAGAGUCAGAUUUUAAGCAAUUUCUGUCCAUCUAAAUCAGAUUUCAUGACUACUUGAAGCAUUAAGAAUUUCAGAAAAACAGAGCGCCAUACUCGCGGUCAAGGAUGACUUCACUUUUUUUAGUGGGACACUGUCAAAUUUUGACAGGUAGGGGAUGAAAAUGUGGAAUAUUAUGAACUCAAUUCUACUGUGAAAGCAAUUUGGCCUCAAAUAUAGCUCUAGUUUAGAUGUUGACCGUGCAAAGGUAACGCCCAUGUGUUUAAGAUGUAGGCCCGCAGGACUUAAAAUUUUCUCAUACAUACCUCAAGUAAAAGGCUUUCUGCUGUAGAGUAACUGCUGAGUCAUUCUGUUAUAACUGCCAUGUCAUAAAAAUACAUCAAUCCCUGUAAUACGUAAGUAGUUUCUCAGAGAAAAAGCCAUCAGUUGCCUCCUUCCACCAUCUCUUCAUCCUCACAGUUAUCGUGCCUUGCAUGACUCUGGAAUGCUUCCUCACUUGUGAUUCUUGUGGUGAUUGUGUGGUAUAAACUGUGAUUGGGUUGAAUAUGGUGCCCCCCCCUUUAGCCUUAAAAUCAUGCACAUCAAUCAACUGCACGAUCACAUGGUGAAAUAUGAUUUUCUUCUUUCUUAAUUACGCCUUUUACCAGUUAAUUGUUUUGUGACGCAUUUUGUAUCUUAGACUAAAUGACAUGAGAAUCUUUUUUUUUUCACCUGUUGUAUUUUGUCCUGAACGACGGAGUAUUAGGGCCACGUUAAGAAAAAAAGAAAAAUUAAGACUUCAAGAUUAAAGUCGUUAAUUUAAGAGAAUAAAGUCAUUACUAAUAAAGUAAUUACUUACGAGAAUAAAGUCGUGAUAAAGUAACAAGAAUAAAGUUGUGGUAAAAUCAUUAUGAUACUCAUGAUAAUGUGGUGCUGAUGUUCCUGAUGUCAUUUUAAACAACAGGUUAGAAUAAAAGGACUUUAUUCCGACUUUAUUCUCGUUAGUAUUGACUUUAUACUCCUAAGUAAUGAUUUUAAUCUCAUAAUUUAACGACUUUAACCUCAGUCUUUAAUUGUUUUUCUUAAUGUGGCCCUAAUACUCCAUCAUAGUCCUGCAAUUCUUUAUACAAAUAAGUGUUUAAAUUAUUUGCCAACAUAACUUUACAUACAAGGAUCAUUAAAACAUUAAAAAAACAGAUAAUGUAAUUCUACCCUGGCAAACCUCAGCAAACAUGCAUAAUACCAAGACCCUCACACUGAACUGAAGUGGUUAGAAGAAUCCAACUAUAAUUAGUUGUACUAUCUGAGCAGGUGUUUUUCUUUCUACUGCUAAAUGUCAAAUUACUGUCUCUGAAAAACACUCAACAGUUUUCUGUUUAUUCGGUUCCCUAUGGUCCUUAAUUUGAACCCCACAUUCAUAAGUCAAAAUUUCCUGUGUGUGUGAAGUGGUAUCUAUGCCAUGUGUUCAGCCCCAGUCCAUGGCAGAAGUCUUGGCCAAGAAGGAAGAGCUCGCAGACCGACUUGAGAAGGCCAAUGAGGAGGCAAUAGCCAGCGCCAUCGCUGAAGAAGAGCAGCUGACCAGAGAGAUCCAGGCUGAAAACAACGACCUGGAGACUGACAACGAAAGUGACUACUCUGUAAGACUCUUUGCUUGACAUUUAAAGUUCCAGAUUUCAAUUUAUGUUGACGUAUGUAAAAACAUGAGUCUUAACCACAGGCUAGCAUCAGCAAUGGGGGCUGUGGCACGAACAUGGAUUGGAGUGACAUGCUGGCAGACUAUGACGGUAAGGGGUCAAAAAUCCGAAUGAAAACGGAGCCCUCAUUUGUUGUAAUAGCAAACAUUAAACUGGAGUCUAUUUAUUUUUCGUUGCUUAUGUUUCCUGUAGCUCGUGAGCCGUGGCGUCAGAGCACCUCGUGGGGGGACAUCGUAGAAGAGGAACCUGCUCGGCCUCCAGGUCACGGGAUCCACAUGCACGAGAAAUUAUCCUCACCAUCACGCAAAAGGUGGGAAAUAUUUUUAUAUGCAGGGAUUGGUCUGCUUCUCAGUGCUUUUCUUGGCAGCGCAUAGGUCCACUUAUUAGCAGCCAUAACUUCACUUUGACAUUUUGACCCAGAAUCCUGCGAGUCAAAGACCUGCAUUCUGAGUCUGACUGGUUUACCACCCGCAACAUCUAAACAGGCCCCAAACAGAGUCCAUCAGAAUAAAUGUCUGCCUUUUUCAUAGCUGAUAAAGGGAGAAACAGCAGGUGAUAAAUGAUUUGUUUCCAUUAUUUGACAGAACCAUUGCAGAGUCAAAGAAGAAACAUGAGGAGAAACAGCUGAAGGCGCAGCAGCUGAGGGACAAACUCCGGGAGGAAAAGACGCUCAAACUGCAGAAGCUCCUUGAGAGAGUGAGUAAGAAGUGCAAAGCUGAUGAAAAGCAUGCUUGGAAAAAAAAAAAAAAAAAGAAAAACUCCAUGUACGUUGAACUUAGCCUGGCUCAUAACGAGAGGUUUUGUCAGCGCACCGCCUGAUAGAAUCAAAAAUAUUAGAACCCCCUCAAAUAGCAUCCAGGCCAGCUGGCCGCAGACAGUCGUGAGAGAGACCCCUGGCCAAAAUCAACAGCCUAUCAUGAAGUUUGUUUUUGUUCCUCAGGCCAUGGAAAGAUGAGAGAGUCCUAGAAUAAAUCAGGAUUAACCACAUAAAUACAUAAAGUGGUGUGUAUUGGCAUUAAUUCUCAUGUGGUCAUACUGUAGAGAGCAGAAAAAGAUGAAUUUAUCAUUUAUUGUCUGUGUUUUUCUAGAGUAUGUUAAUUAUUUUUCUUUUUUCGAAUAAACACCCACUCCUGUUUCUCACUAUUCUUUUCGUGCAGGAGAAGGAGGUGAGAAAAUGGAAGGAGGAGCUGCUGGAGCAGCGUCGCAAGAUGAUGGAAGAAAAGCUGUUGCACGCAGAGUUUAAACGAGAGCUGCAGCUACAGGCGAUCGUGAAGAAGGCCCAAGAAGAAGAAGCAAAGGUAGAGGAGGAGAUCCCUGUAAAGCAGUGAUAAUGUGCAACAUUGUACAGCAGCUGAAGAAUUUUACAGGAUAUUUGUAGACAUCUCUAAUCCUUGAACAUGAAAUUGUUUAUAUACAUACUUACAUACAACAGAACCUUCUCAAAAAGUGUUCUUUUUCUGCUUCUGGUCAAAACAUUCCUAUCAACAGAUAACCUUUUUUAAAGUCAUGUCUACAUCUACUCCACACAGUAUGUUGUAUGAAUCCGUACAGGUGAAUGAAAUUGCAUUCAUCAACACUUUGGAAGCCCAGAACAAGAGGCAUGAUGCCUUGGCCAAGUUAAAUGAGUACGAGCAGCGCCUGAACGAGCUGCAGGAGGAGAGGCAGAGGAGGCAGGAGGAAAAGCAGGCUCGAGACGAGGCUGUUCAGGUGCAACAACAACAAAAAAAAAAAUGCUGUUUUUACUCGACCCUUAAUUGUUUAAUUAAGCAUCUGCAAUCUCUUUUUUUUUCUGCCUCUGUAGGAGCGUAAGCGGAUCCUGGAAGCUGAGCGGCAGGCACGGCUGGAGGAGCUGCUGGUGCGGAGGAAGGAACAGGAGGCUCGCAUUGAACAGCAGAGGCAGGAGAAAGAAAAAGCGAGAGAAGACGCAGCACGGGAAAGAGCAAGGUAUGUGGUAUCAAACCCUUCAAUAUGGUCGUGUAUAUCCAGUUUAAUACACCAAUCUUAACUUGUUCGGUCACUCUUUCCGAUCAGAAGACUUGUAUGGCUGUUUUGCUCUUAUCUUUGCAGAGACCGAGAGGAGCGCCUGGCUGCUCUCAGCGCCGCUCAACAGGAAGCCAUGGAAGAGCUUCAGAAGAAAAUUCAGAUGAAGGUACAUUUAAAUCAUGCGACCUUGCAUCUCAAGCAGGCAUUAUACAGGACUCCCACUUUCCCAUUUGAACCGAGUUUUUUCUUUUUUGUCACAGCACGAUGAGAGCAGCCGUAGACAUAUGGAGCAAAUAGAGCAGAGGAAGGAAAAGGCUGCUGAGCUCAGCAGUGGGCGACAUGCUAACACAGACUAUGCACCCAAACUGACACCGUAUGAACGCAAGAAACAGUGCUCCCUGUGCUGCGUUGUGGUAUGUACAUCAUGUGAAACAACUCCAAUGGAAACCAAAGGGCCUUUAGUUCUUCCUUUAAUACUCAUGGGCAUCAGAAAAACAGAGAUGCUGCAGCAAAAUAAGCUCUGGGUAACUCCUCCCUGUUUUGGGAUAAGUUCUUUCAGUAUAAAAUGCUGAUAGGAAGGGGAUUGAGGGGAAUUUAAGAAGAGGGCACAUUUAAAUAAGGAUUUAACGGCAUCAAUUAUAAACAGGGGCUCUUAAACUGAGAUUUAUGUUUGAGCAUGGUGAAGCUUUUACAGGUGUAAGGCAACAAAUCCACAAACAGACACAUUUAUCUCUGAUGAUCUGCUACCGUAGCAACUAUAGUAAGACACCUUGUGUUCUCAAAUAAGCAUCAUUCAAAGAAGGUGAUGUGUGUGUCUGUGUCUGUGUGUGUAGUGGGGGGUGGAGGGUUGUUGUAGAGCUAAAAAGAGGUAAUCUUGUUAAAUGUUCGAUGACCUUGGCCAGCGUCUGACACCAGAGAUCACAGAUUGGUCAGCUGCAUGCACUUAAAUUAAUGAUAUUAUCCACAAACCAGUCAAAACGGGCCUGUUUCCAGAAAUGAGACGACCACCAUUGUUUUCAGCGCACCUGCGUGUUGCUGUGGUCAUGGUUUAGAUUUCUGAAACAUUUAUUUUGACAUCAGUGAUGUCCCUGUGUUUUAUUUGACCACACUUGACUUGAUUGCAUCAUUUUGGGACUGACAAAAAUUAUAAUGUCAGAUAUUAUCUUCAAGUUUAUGAGUAUUUAAAGUUUCUGAAAAGAGUUAUCAUUUUGUUUAAUUUGUCCAGCUGCACUUUGUUGCUGCAAGAUGAUUUUGUUUUAAAAAAAGCGGCAUUUGGACUGCUCAGUCAAGUUAGACAGAGCUGCAAUUAGUGACAUUAACCACAUUUAUCUAAGUCCUUGCUUAAAGCUUACAUUCAGGAGAGCCAGGUCAUGUCCUAUUGAAGAGCCGCUGUGGUAUAUCAUUUUACCAGUGUCCCAUGGGGCCCUGUUGACCCUUUCCUGCCUCUGUCUCCUUUGUGUCCACAGCAGUGACCUCUGACCGCUGUGUUUGUGUUUGCAGAUCACCUCUGAGGUGCACCUGUUCAGCCACACCAAGGGCAAGAGGCACCAACAGGCCGUGCGAGACAGUAGCAGCAUCCAAGGGCGGGAGCUCUCUGAUGAGGAAGUGGUGCGUAUCACACACACACACACACACACACACACACACACACACACACACACACACACACACACACACACACACACACAUGCACACACUCUGAUAGGAACUAACAUCCACUCAUUCUGUCAAAGAAAGCUGCACUGCUGCUGCAGCCUGAGCCAUGUAAAAAAAGACAAAGAGACACAGCGGUUGCCUUUUAUGACAUGGUCAUUAUUAUUGUUUAUGCAUCCUCUUAGAUACUGUCAUGGCUCCGUUGCUGCUUUUGUCAGAUCACAAAUAAGCCUGGGAAUAUACACAGUUAGGGUUCAGCGCUUCAGUGGAGGGGUGACAUCACCCCCUUGUCUCCGGGCUGUUUUUGUCACGCAGCGCUUUUCCAUGGGAAGGCAGCUCGUUAAUGCAAGGUAACCUCUCAGGCUGCAAUAUGAGAUUGGCUUUUCAGCAGUGCUCAUUGUGAGGCUGACAACUGUUGGUGCUAUAUGCAGCACCUUUGCCCCCCUGCAGCUCCUUCAUUCAAAGCUUUUUUCAGUGAGCAAUAAUUGAUACCCCCCUCCUUUCUUUAACUCUAAAUCAUUUCCUCUCCAAACGCAGCACAUUUUUCUGUUUGACACUUUGACAAACAGGGCAAUGGAGAGAAGCAUUUAACAAAUACAGCACUGUAAAAGUCCAUAUAAGAGCACCACCUCUCAUACAGUUUUAGCACAAACCGUAAAGUUGAGACUCUUCUGUUUUCCCACUUUUAAUAAUAGUUUUUUUUUAAAUCACAAAUUAGCCUCAUUUUAAGCUGCUGCUUAACUCCAAGUUAAAAUGUUUUACCUGAGCCAUCAGUCACAGCAAUAGUUCUUUUAAGAGAAUUCCUAGAUGUUCAGAAUUACCGUCACUCAUUCUGCGUGAUAGCUGAUCAAACAGUUCAAGUGGUCUCAGUCUGUAGGCUGUGUUUAGCUAGACUUCACAGGCCUCUGGUUAUUUAUAUCAAAGCUAAUUUGGGAGUCUGCCUCUUUAUUCACACCACUGCCAACUAUUUUCCAGGCUGUGCCCCCAUAACUUCUCCUGCACUGAAAGAUUUUUAAUUAAAAUGAAGACAGUUGGUGCAACUGCGCAGAGGUCGCGUUAUCGUUUCCAAGCUGAAGACUGGGAUAAAUGCUCUCUGCCUCUAAGUCAUUUUUGACCAGCAAAUUAGAUUAAAAAUACUGUUAUAGUUAUUCUCAUUUGAGCUUGCGCUUGAGAUUUCAUUUCAUUCUUUUAACUCACCAUCAGUCCUAGUUUGGGAGGAUGCAAGUAUUUUGCAAGACCGCAUCCAAGACUUGAUUUCUGGAUUUUAUUAGUUGAUCACCUCACAUCUCAAAGAAAUCUGUCUGCUUUGUCACCGCUGCUUUUCAAGUAUAGCCAAGAGAAGGGUCACUGGGCUUUGUCAGAGCUGACCUCCAAAAGGCACUGUAUGGUUGUAGUAAAAGCUGUUUGAUCGCCACAAACUGAGAAACUUGAUGAAAUAUCUAAAGCUCCAGCUGCAGUGAGCGUCUCCCUGAACUCACUGUUUAAGAUUUUAUUUUAUUUAUUUUAUUUUGCACAGUUAAAAAAUACUGAAUAUGACAGCAAUAGUUAGUGCAGGAGGAGGCAGAAAGAGCUUAUUUGAAGCCUCCACCUCAAAUUUAAAAAAUGAACACAAUACUGCACUGAAUCACAGAAAGUGGAUUACAUUAAAUAAUUCUGGACAAAUGGUACGAUUAAAAGUAUAUCAAAAACAUAAAAGGAUUUUAUAAUUACCUGCAUAUCCGAUUUUGGUUGAGAGCUCAGACCUCAUCUGUAUUUUUAGCAGAAAACGUAUCCAACCACAAAAUACUUGAACAGAACAGAAAUAGAAUUCACAGAUAAAACAACACAAUAGUAGUUCGUUAACAGCAGCCAGAAGUUUCUCUGGACAUCUUUUGUAGCUUUUGAAUCUGACAAUUUUUUGCAAUUUAACGUUUGUCUAGCAGCGAGACUGCUGUCCGAAGAGCCGAAUGAAUAAUUCCAGUUUUCUGAAAUGUCACAUUUAGGAUGCAGUUGGAAAAGGUUGUGUGAAUCUAGUCUGAUCGUAUCUUUCUUAGUAGCUAACAUGGUCUGCAGCUCUUUGGGUCAGACCAGAUGGAGAGUCUACACCUUCAAGCUUAGUUUUUGACUAAGAAGACUCAGGAUAGAAACAUGCACUUUAAAAUCUGGAUUUGUGUUGGCUGUCUUUUUAGAUCUGUUUGUGUCAGGGAAAGGCAAAGAUGUUAAGAGUGGUGUCAGAUUACCCCCACAGGAGUCACAUGUAUCAUGUUGUGGGGUAGUAAUAUCCUCAGGCAAGCGUCUAUGCUUCUGCUAGCUAGACAACUCUCUGUCGUCAAUUCUGAUUAUCUCAAGAACUCUUUAGCUCUCACAGUGUCCAUUUAGACUUGCCUCUUUACAACAGCAAAUCACAAAGUGAGGGACAGCUACAGCAUGAGUCAUAACUGACCUGUGCUAUUGUAGAGUAGAGGGCAAAAGUGUGUGCAUACAUCGAAACACAAAUGUGCCCUCCCUUCGUUAUCAUUAUUAUUCACAUUUAUUAUUAGAAUUGUCAUUUUUUUUCUAUCCUACUUCCUGCUUUUAGAUCAAACUUUUCCUUCAGGAAUGCCAAAUUAUGCCCUAGGUAACUAACUGAUCAGUACCAAAGCUCCUGAAAACCCAACAUGUUUCCACUCUGACAUGUGAAAAUGUAACACUUACUAUUCAAUACCACAGCAACGGUGGAAAUUUGAAAUAAAAAAUCCAAAAAAGCUUAAAUGCAUGCAAUUGUUACCAAAACUAUUAACCUCACUCAAAACCCAUUUGUAUUUGGUUUGACACGAUUACAUCUGAUCGACAUUUCCAGCUGUAUUAGGCGGGUAAUCUCACAGCUGUCAUAAAGAUUCAGAUUAAAAAGUCGAUCAGACUAUGAUGAGCACUCAUUUGUAUGUGAUAUAACCUUGUUUCAAUGGUGUACAGCUUACAGUGAAAAAAAUAAUGAGAAUUAAUAAUCAAAAUUGUGCCAUUGUUGCUCAAUCUAACCCAAUAACUCAGAAUGAAUCAUGUUUUAAUGUCUCCACCAGUUUUGUUUUCAUCUUGCAUACUCUAGCUCACUUAGGAACACCUGUUUUUUUUCAUGACGAGAAAACGUCCAUUCAGGCAGCAGGUGCACCGACAACACUUGUAACCAAAGGGUAUCUAGCAUCCCACACACGGGUUAGCUCUGCUGAAUGGAAACCCUUUAUCUGUGAAACCAUCCUAUUCUCCGGGGUGCUGGAUGACAGCAUAAUUGGGUAAUUGGUUUCUUGCACAUGCAUCAUGUUCUUCAAAUUGGGUUACUUCCCCCUGUCUCUGGGUGGAAAUAUCAGAAUCAUCUGACAGGGCCAGACAGGAGGCAACACCUCCAGGUUUUUAGCCCGUCUGUAGGUGAGUGGCUUUAAAAGAUUGCCAGGAGUUACAGAUAAUUACAGGGAACAAAGGUGUUACUGAGAGGCGUGGAUCUACCUGUCACACGAUCACAAGUCUGUUACUUCAAACAUUUCACAUUAGCAUUUAGUAUUAAAUAAGUUCUGCUUCUGUUGGUUUUGUACGGUUUUGUUCAUUUUGGUUAUUUUAAUUCUCACUUAAAAGAAGAAAACUGUUCUAAAUAAUAAAGAUUGCACAGAAAACAUAAAUUAAAGGAAGCGCUUCAGUCUCAGGCUCCUUUACAGGAUCCUUUACCAAAUUACAAGUGCAGAAAUAUUACCAUUAUUAUUUUCAGAAUAGUGACUUAAAAGAUCUUGAAAUCUUUUAUGCUACAUUCAACACUUGUUAUAUUGUACCUUUGUGUAUUAAUAUGUUCCCAGUAUGUCAGUGUAUCAUGGGCCUCAGGUGAAGAUGUUUUUACGUAAUAUCUUAGUUUCAGCCUUUUUUAAAGAGGUCAUCAUCCAUGUCCUUUUUAAUGAAAUGAUCACAGAUUCUAGAUUUUGUUUUGUUUAAUUUGGUUUAGCUGAGAAAUUUCCUUUAGUUGUAAAUGACGUGGAGUAGAGAUAGCUUGUAAAGAACAUGUGUAUCCUCCAAGAAAAUAGGCCACAAAUGUCUACCUCUAAAUUGUUGGAUAGUUUUGGCCUAUGUACAUAAGUAGUUUUUUUUUAUUUUUAUGUCAUUGUAACAAACAAUCACCAACAUCAACAAUUGAUUUUUGUAUUUCUCUUGCAACUCUAGGAGCAUCUUUCCUUGAAGAAAUACAUUGUGGACAUCGUGACAGACAGCUCUGUGUCUUCUGAGAGCAUGAAGGAUGGAGAGGAGAGGCAGAAGGCACGGAAGAAGGCAAAGAAACUCCGCGCCAGGAUGAACUCCAGGUAAAACAUAAAUCUCCCCUCUGUCUGCCUCUCCUUCUCUUGGUUACUUUCUCUCAAUCCUCCCAGAGGCUCAGCAGACAAAACUGUGCCAGGGUUUUUUUUUUUAUGGCUUACAAGGAAAGUGAAGAGGAUAUUAUGUGCAUCCUGGCUGUCCACAAGGUAACACUGAUGAGCUUAAUUUAUGACCACUUUCUGUGAUUGGGCGGCAAAACUGAAAAUCGAUCUGUAGCUCCCUCGACUUUCACCUGUAAAGAGCUUUCCUCCAAAUUGAUGCCAUGGCAUUGCCAAAUCUGAAGCCCUCCGCAGUGAACAGGAUAUAUGUUAAAGUAUGAAUGAGCCAUUCCUUCUUUUCUUCUUCUGAGCUAUUGAUUUUUAAAUGAAGUAUCAAAGAAAAUCAAUAGUAAUCAACAAAUAGGAGGUAGAGCUACUGUGUGUCAGAUCCUGGACCUGAGCUCAAUCUAUUUAACAGGCUGUCACAACAAGGAGGGAGAGUACGGGAAAGAGACACAGUGUUGACAAUGCUUACUCUUCGACAGGAGAUCAACAUGAACGCCCAAACAUCAUCAUCACUUAUGAAAACUGAACUGAGGAGCUGCUUUUCUGUUUUCUUUAGCUUGUUAUUUGUUUAAGCCUCUGGCUGCCCGUACAUAUCUUUUUGGAACUCACACACAAACAAAAAACACAAUUUUAACACUAUAGCACCUUAACAUAUACAGAAACUAUCAUCCAGAAAAUAAGGCAUCUUAAGAAUUAGAAACUACUCUCAUUGCCCCGUAGGCCAUCCUCACCCUCAGAGCGUCCAGGAGUGAACAGGAAGCACUGUUAAAAAGUUUGUCUCUCUGAAACUAAAAAAGGGCAAUACAAACAGAGGUUGGACAUAAAUUAAUUUUACUAACUUCAAAAAACAUUUGCAAAUACUAUAAACUGUACACUGAAUCAGCAUAGUAUGAAGAACAGUGUUUCCCUAUGGUGGGAUUUUUCUUUCAAAUUUGCAUAUAUUUUUUUCCAAUUGUUUUUAUUGUGAUUGGUCCUCCCUCAAUCGCACAAAUGAUGAAAUUAUUAAAAUUCAAAAAUUGAGAACUUAACUCCUUAGAACAAGAAUGCUGGGGUGCAAAUCUGUUAUAAUACAGAGAGAAAACUAUAUAUAUACCUUUGCAUAAGGGUUGAAAAAGAAAAACAUGGAUGAAAAAGGAAAUGGAUAUAAGACCUGGUACUAGACACACGGUGGACAAAUGGGAGCGACAUAUCUAAUCCAUCUUUCCCAUCUUUCCAAAAACAGUCCCUGUUUUAGUCUCAUAGCAAAAGUAAUUCUAUCCAUCUUAAAAAUGUUGUAAAUAAUGUCAAACCACUCGUCCACAGUCAUUUUUUCUAGUUUUAGCCACUUCCUUGUUAUAGCUUUUCUAGAAGCGGCGCUUAGAAUCUGAAAUAUGUAUUUGUCACAGGAGGAGACAUUUUCUGAUAGAUUUGCAUAUUUUUAUACCCUCAAAAGAGAAAUAAGAGGCACCAACAAGCAGUUGUCCCAUUCCGUCACAGUGCUGUGUUCUCAAUGCUGCUAGUUUUGGCUCUGUGGGGCUCAGCAGUCCUAAAAAAGUGACAACACGAUCUGUCUCUGUUCACCGUCACUCUUUCACCAGCCCUGCUGAGACCCGCUCUCAAAGGCAGCAGGCUUUCAGAGGUCAUAAAUAACACAAAGCCCCAGUAAACAUAAAGGUGAGCUGCUUCACCACUGGGUGGAAAUGAACCGUUUUAUUGCAACACUGUAUGGUGUCUGUAAAAGCUGAGUGGUUCUCACUCGACUUUUUCACCGGGCCAAAAUACAGCUCUGUUCGCUCAUAAAGCAGUGCACACACACAUUUAAACCGUCAUGGUUUUUGUUUACACAGUUUUAAAUGAGUUUAUUAUUUUUGCAUUACUCUUUUACAUGACUAACUUUCUUUAAUAAGUGUUUUUACAAAUACAAUUACCUGUAUAAAUUUCGUAAAAGCAGCCAGCUGCAGGUUUUGGGUUUGAACCUGAGUUUCCCCUUGUGCUCUGGUUCAAGCAACAAAUAAGGGGAACAGAGUGGCCAGUGUGUCGUUGUCUAUGUGUGUUGACCCCAGAUGGCGAUAUUCAUACAAAGACACUCCUGUAUAGAGUGCUGCAGACUACAGUUAAUGUCGGCAAACAAGGCCCUGACUCAGUUCACCUGAUCUGCUUCCUUACAUUAAGGGUUAAAUGGCCUUCUCAUAAAUUAAGAGACAUCUCUAACGUCGCACAGAAAUGCUAGAUGGUAUUUAAGUACUUAGAAAUAUCUGAUUUUGGUAUCAUUAUAGAGCCUGGUUUCUUUUACUUAUACUUGGUCUGCAUUGAGUGUUUGGUAGUAAUUGUAUGAAUGGAUUUUUGUAACUUGGUAAGAGUAGUAAGCAUACAAUGAAUGAACUUCUUUAUUGUGAUCAACUAUCGAAGCCGCAGUCGUUGGUUCCUUUUUAAUCUGGUUAGUUAAACUUGUCAUAGAUUAAUCAUGUAACAUCAUUGAUAAAGUACAGGUCGUAUACGGUUCAGGCCCUUUUCACAGACAGCUGCACCAACACUUUUUGAUACCUGGCUCACAACUCUGAUAUACUGGCACUGAUAAAUAAAUGCAUCUAUCAUGUGUAUUUUUCUCUCCUUUCAGGUACUAAAACAGUUUCUAAUGAAGGUGUUUCACUCAAAACUCUUUGCAGACAAACAAUACAGGAAUUGCAUUUUUACUGCAUAAAGCAAAUAAAACCAAUAAGAAGAGAAUAAUAAAAUGAUAAAGCUUAAAGCGACACCUUCACAAUAACAGGUUAUUUCCUGGUCCUAUCGGUAAACUAUUAAAAAGGAUGAGGCUUGGGUCGCUCCAUGUCUGGUGACUGCUCGGUCAAACCCACCUGUCGUCUUCCAGGAAGCGUUUGAUCCUAUCGGUGCGCAGAGAAGAUAUGAGUAGCCGGAAAGCGCUCUAUCUCACUCAAAUCAAUAGUUACUUAUCAUGUCUGGGAAUGCCUGAUUGACAGAUAAAAUCACACACACACAAACACACAGCGCUUGACUCUCUGAAUCUAAAUCUGACUGUUUGAGUAACGCCGCAGAAAAAACAGAACCCCAAUGACCAUUGCCUUUUGGAGGUCACACACUCAAAACACUGGUUGUGCUGCUUGUAACCUCCAUUAACUGUUUAUUUGGCAAGAAGUGAAGAACUUGAGCCUCCCUUCUUAAGAUGACUCAAAGCGAGGUGAAUUUAAAGCUAGAAAAAAUGUCUUCAUAAUAUGAGUGGAUGGCAGCAAACCGCCAUCCCCACAGAGCCGGUGUCUGAUUAUUUUAAGCUGAGUUACUUGGUGAACGGUUGACAGGCCAAAUAAACAGACUCAGUUUGAACUUUUCUCUCUUUCUUCACGCUUUCAUCCCUCGUGUUCUGUACUGACAGGCCAAAGAUUCUUUUCCUUAAAUCCUAAGACUUUUUCCUACCUCUCCCUCUGCAGGGCAAAGGAAUACGAGACAUCAAUCGAGGCGAAGACGCAGGUCCCUGACUCCCCGUACAAGGCCAAGUGCGUGUUUUUCCUUUUUUUUAACCCAGAAAUUCAGGUUUCACAGUUUGUUUGUUUUAAUUUUCAUAUAUUUCUUAAAAACAAUAGAGCUGAGUUGAUGGGCUGUUCUUAACAUUGCCAUUGUUUAAUAAAGUCAAUGUAUUGAUCAUAUUAUCUGUAAAUUAGUGACAGGGAAAAAUAUUAGACAUGAAAAAUUGUUGAACGGGUUUACCGUUUUUAUUAAUUUAUAUAUUUUUUUAUUGAAAAAAAUUUAAAAAGAUGCUUUCAUUACAAUGUCUGAAACCUGUGCUUGUAUUUCAAACAUUAGAUAAUCAAAAGAGUAUUUGUGUUUGUCUUUUUCCAGCUUCAUAUUCAAUGUUUUGGUAAACCAAUAGUCAGAAACCUAAAUUUUGGAAGUACACAGUCAUUUGGAAGCAGUAUCAUUCAAACAUGGAUUAAGAACUGCUCUCUAUGAACAGAUUUAUCAUAACUGUUAAGCUCCUGUCUGUUCAGGUUGCAGCGCCUGGUGAAAGAUCUACUAAAGCAACUGCAGGGCCAAGACAGCGGCCAGUGGGCCAACAACAAGGUGUCCGGUCUGGACAGAACUCUGGGGGAGAUCUCACGCAUCCUCGAGAAACAGGUAGGCGGGAAACAAAUGGAUCAGACCGACGUUGUUGCUGUUGAUGAGGGAAUUCAAAUUUCAAGAGAUUAGAAGUAAAUGUUUGGAUUAGAUGAUUAAUUCACCAGCUCGUUAAUGUUUGUCCACAAACCUGCUUAGUACAGGAUCUUUGACAGCACUUUUUCUCAGCUGUAUUAAACGCCGCACAGCAGAAGUUUCUCUGCUUUGUUGCCGCUCUUUUGCAUGAACAGUCUGCAGCAGUGCUCAGGUCGUGCCAGCCCUUUGGCAUGUCUUUUCAGUGAUGAGUUGUUUUUGGCUGCGCCUCCCUGUGUCUCACCCUCCCAAUGUAGAGUAUCACUUACUCCACACCAACUUGCCUUUGGUUAUUGGCUAAUGAAGACCACAUUAACUGUGUUUUCAUUGUGCACAUGGUACCAAUAGAGGGCUUCCCAGUACGAGAGCCGGCGUUGUCUCUGUCCAUGUGGCUCGCACGACUCAGAUGUCACUGGUUUAGACAAUGGUAAAUUGGAUUUCCAGAUGAAAUGCCAUUGAUGCAAGACUUAAUUUGACAGAAGUAAGCACAUGUGACUUUUUUCUUCAGAGAUCGACAUAAUUUUUUGAAACUUUUGUUGACUGCUGCAUCAAAACGUAUGAUUGUCUUAUUCUUUUGCAGACAUUUUUAACUGUUGUUAAUUUGAAACAUCAAUCCCAAAGGGUUCGUUUCAUGAAGCUUUAUUAUUAUUUUUUUUACAGUAAAACCCACAUCAAUUUGAGGCAGGGAGAAGGAAUUAAAACACCUGCCACUGUGUUUAUGAUGAGGAAAAUAUACAGCCCACUUCCUGUAAUGAGGCAUAAAUUUCCUGCCAAGUUGUGGUUGGAGCCAUCAUAACAUCCCACUGUGCCUGCCUCUGGGCGUGAGGAUAGAGAGAUUAUGGUGUCCCAUCAGUGACGAGGGGGACGGCUAGAGAGGCUAUUACUGAAUUUCCCCAGAGAGGCCAAGAAAGAAGUGGCGGUGGUGGGUGGCACGGCGUCCUGUAAGGAGAGAGGAGGAGACCAGUGUGAUGUGAGUAGCUCACAAGCUGUCACUACAUGAGAGCUCCUCCCCUCGGCUCCGAGUACUCCCAGAGGGGGGUCAGAGGUCAGUGGGCCACAGGAGAUGUGCUCCAUUCAACAUGGUGUCACUGGCAAGGAGGCCCUGCUUGGGUGCCUUUUCUUUUUUCUUUCAGCUCAGUUCGAGGCACGUUUAUGAACUGCUUUGUCAAGUUUUGCUGGAGCGGAUUCUUUAGAGGAACAUCCAGUCAGAGCUGAGUGGGUCAAAGUGAUUGGCCGAUGAGGCAGCCGGGGGAACACUGUACUCUCUAAUCCCUGGACAAAGUCAAAUAAACAGAGUCUCCGUCAAGCAUGGCUGUCUGGCCCCUGAGUCACUUCAAGUCAGAGCCGUUUAGAUUAUUUGACCUAACAAGCAUCUCUCAUGUCAUUGACUCACCUAAAGAUUUGUUUUUCUCCCCCAUAUCUGAUUCAGUCUCCACUUUCUCAGCUAAUUCCUUACACAACACCCGACACUGCCCCUCUUGCAGUACGUCUGUUCGGGUCCCACCCCCCACACUUCUCCUUGGCUUUAUAGGUUAUGUCUAGUCUCUGACCUCGGCGUGUCUCUCCCUCUGUGGCCUCUAAUGGUUUAUUUUGUGUCAAACCUAUUUUCUCUACUUUCCGCAAUUGAGAAGAACAGAUUUCUAAAUGUGCUCUUUUUCUUUUUGCUGCACACCUUGCUCGGGUAUUUCUAUGGCUUGUCUUUCAGCAUGUCAAUAUGGAGGACAGGUCUGGGAAGUGGUGGAGUUGUAGCUGAGGACUUAAGGGAGGUGAAGGGUAGACUGGAAGGGUAAUAGCUUUUUGCUCUGCCUUGAGCAGACUGACAGGCACUGCUCAGAUCAAUAGUGUCAAUAGAACUGAGAGAAGGUAAACAUUACGUCUGUAAGCUCAGAAACUUUAUGAGCCAUACAAUAUACUGCAAAGCUACAUUUAAAAACUUAUAUUUCUCAUUUAAAGACCAUGUGUAUACAUGUUAGAAUCAUAAGGCCAUAUUCCUGUUUUUUCUUGUGUGACUCACAGGGUGGGAAUCACCAGUGGCCCCACGAUACGAUAUUAUCACGAUACUUGGGCCAUAAUACGAUAUUAUUGGGAUUUUUAACAUUUUGUAAUACAGUGAGUAUUGCGAUACAAUAUAUAGCGAACUAUACAAUUUUAUCAACACAGUAUUUUAUUUUCAUGUGGCACAUCUUGCAAACCUUAUAUACAGUAUAUUUGUUAUACUAACUUUGUCCUGCUCUAUGAUGUCACCUCUGCAAACCUCACUGGACAAACAGUUGAUUUUUCUUUUCCAUUAUCAUAAAUUCAACUUCAUAUUAACGAUUAAUUUAAAAAUAUCGAUACUUGAUCAAUCAGACGACACGAUAUAUCACCAGACAAAAUAUCGCGAUACUAUGCUGUAUCGAUUUUUUUUCUCCCACCCCUAGUGACUACCACUAAUCACUAAAAGUAAAACUUUUUGUGCAAAACUACCCAAGAAAGGUAUUUCAUGACUUUAUUAUCAUUUAACACAUACUUUUCAUCGAGUAGACAGUAAAGAAAUGAGUCUCAUCUCUGGUACUGGCUCUGUCAUUAUUUUGGGCAUGUUUUGAUGAGAUGAUCAAUCAUGUCAUUAUUAAGAAAUCAUUGGUCUCUCUCCAUAUGUUGCUACUUGUGCAUUCAAAAUUAAGCUCCUGGCACUACCUAACUUUUAUCAUACAUGUAUUGUCAAUCUUUAAAUGUUAUUAAAUUAUUAGAUUAUCAAUGUAAAAUUGCACAUUGAUGAAAAAGUGAAAACAGGAUUCACAAUCAAUGUUUUCUCUUUCAUUCAGGGACCAUUUAUUUCCAAUUGACAGUUCCUCACUACAAGACAAAAUAGGCAGUGAGAUUUUUCAGAGCUUCUUAGUGUAUUAGUUACAAAAACCGUCUGUCUGUGGUUUCUGCGGCAGGUCUGAUUUUGUGCCACACCAACCUUUGUUUAUCCAGUAAAAUGUACAAAGAUUAAUCCCAGUUUGUCGAAUAAUCUGCUCCCCUAUUUGCCCCACGCUCACAUUGUCUUCUAAAUUAUACGCCAUUAUGUCUUGUAUACACAGACGUUUAUAUUGGACCUGAAAAUGUUUACUAUAGCAGCUUUGUUGUGGUUUACAGUCAACUCGGCCCACAGGGCUUUGUUUACCACUCCCCCCUAGCUUUUCUGUGAAGCUGAGUUGUGAUGAAUAUGAGGAGAGAGUGAUCUGUCAUACUCCUCCCUGUCACUGUCGGGUUUUAGUUGUUAAGGGCUGGACCCAUGACUUAAAGGUGCAGCUCAGACUUUAAAGGCAGUCCUGAAUGAACAGUUGUUUUCCAUCUGUCAGUGAAGUAGGCCGGCUGAAGCUGCGUCCUGCUCUCUGCUUUGUUGGGAGGGGACGACUAAGAGCAAUCUGGCCGCUCUGCUGGUCAGUCACUGUUGCAGGAAUUGCCAGCUGCUUAGGCUUCCCAUCAGCGAGGGUGACAGUGGACAAUGAUUGGAUAAGAUUCACCCUGUUGUAUAAAGCAGGAGCCGUACUUUUUAUGUGUGUCUGAAAUUUCAACAGCAACUCUUUUGUGUUAAUCUUUCUGACACAAAUGAUUAAAGAUUGUAGACCUAAAUAUCUCUGUAGCACUUAAAUUAUGGUGUCUUGUCACACAGUUCACCUCAUUAAAAAAAUAUGUGUUUCUGUGAUUCUUCUGACUCUAUAUUUCAGUUAACAAACAGUAAAUAGUUUAUUAAGUUUGAAAAGUUUUCUGCUCAUAGAUUAAGGUGAAGGGAACACAAAAGCCAUCGUUUCUAUCCAUCUGGAAGCAGGAAUAAGAAACAGAAUCUCGUUAUUGUCCCAAAAGGGAAAUUAGUGUUGCAGCUGGAGCACACAAAGACAGGGUACACAGUGACGGUACAGUAAGAAUAGGCUUAAAAUCAACAUGAUAAAAAGGAAAAACAACACAACAAAGGAAACACCAUACAAACAAGAUCACUAAAAAAUAAUGUUCAGUCCAGAGCCAAUACCAAAACUGGAAAUAACUGCCUUAGUAAGCUGUGAAAAGUGCAAAAUGUGGAUGUGCAAAAAUGCAAUAAAUAAAUAGUGCAAAGAAGAACAUGGGCAACCUAAGGCCUAAUUGCCAUUAAUUGCCACUGGGGAUACAUGAGAUCUGAAGUCUCUUGUUUGUGCAAAAUAUCUGCACAAAGCUGUGUCUUAGUCCAUCAAAUAAUUUCUAAAUAUCCCUUUAAUAGCACUGAAAUGUUCUUCGGUUUGUAUUCAAAUUUAGCUGGCUGUGUAAAGACACUGAUGCAGAAAUUACACACAAAUAGGAUUUCUGUUGCCCUGCGUCAUUGGCUUUAUAAAAGGAUGUAUCAUCACUGGGUACAUUUGCUUAGACUCACUUUGCACAACAAUCACUGACCUCUGAGCUGUCAUCGUGCAAAACAAACCCAGGAAUGACGCUGUUGUUGUUAAAGAGGGUGUCCUCACAGUGAUAGUCAGGCGCUUCCUUUGUUUUAUAUAAACCACUGACACAAGAUAGCACUGUCAUGUAGUUUAAACUUAACCCUCCUCACUUGUUUUGUUCCAUCAUCACAGCAGAUAAAUCUGUCAGCAGAGCAGAGAAGGCAGCGACUAGCCAAGAAACUCUUGUCUGGUUUUCACAGGAGAGAGCCAGGACUGGGCAGGUCCUAGUUACCCUCUCUAAUACCAUUUGAUAAGCUGCUAUGAAAGAGCUGCUUUUUUCUCAUUUAGCCAAGGAGCUUUUAGGUAGGUGUGUUGAUGGGAGGGUUAAGAGAGGGGGGUUAAGGUGAGCCCAGCGAUUGACAACCAAUUGAUUAGACAUGGAAACUGCAGGCAAGUAAUUUGAAUAAAUACCUUGUAGACUCUUGAAACUGUCUUUUGAAUCUUCUCAUUAUGUCAAAGGUAAAGGGUCUUCAGCGGUGUUUGUAAAUGUUUUCAGACACUUCAGCGCUUCGUCUGCGUAUGUCUUAACACCGGAAUCGAGGAGCAGUUACCUCAGCUGCAGCAGAAGCAGCAGCAGCGGGCAUGAAUGACAGAUGAAGAGCUUAUCUGUAAUUUAGUAAAGCGCUUCCCUCUCCAUGUGUUCAGGCUUGUUGGCAACUUCCCAUCUUUGGAACAAAAGCGCUGUGAAGUGGCUGGAUUUGAGUGCUGUCACAGCACCGGAGGAGCCUGUAACCUCAUUAGGUUGAGGAGUGACCUGCAGUGUAGCACAGCUCUGUGUAGUUGUGCGAGGAAGGCCGUCCAUCAGCAGCUCCCGGUAGGCCCAGGCACAAACAUGCCUUGGAGUCGGCACUCGUUUCUGGCUUUGUACUUGUUGAUUUAUAAGACAAUGUAGCAAGAGCAUCUGACCCACUGCCAAUUACUCCAUCAUCACAGGAGGGCAGGACCUAACUGUUUGCAUGUGUUCAUAAAUCCCAGGAACUGUAGUGUUGGUGAAGUGAGAAAAGAGAGAGUCAAACUUCAGGGGGGGAAAUAACCUAUGAAUGAGACUGACAGUCAAAAAAAACGUAUCAUAAAACUCCUUUAUUUACUUAUUUAGUGACCUAUAUCCUGUUGUAUUUACAGGCAGGGAAUUAAAGGUUACACAAUUUAUAGUUUAGUGAAGUUUUUAAGUUUACAGACAUUUUUAAAACUCUGUCCUAUUUUCAGUUAUAUUUUCUUUUUUGUGAAAAAUUAUUUAUCACCUGUAGAAAAUGAACUUUUUUGUAUUUUCCAGUCAUCAACAGAAUUUUUCUCAACAUAAAAUAUAAACAUUCACCGGCUGUUUCAACCAAAUAACAUCAAGUACAGGAACUUUACAGCAUCUUGAUGUAUGAGAUUUUUGAGAAGCAUUAGUCUGCCACUGACAUAAAAAAUGAAAUGCAUAUUGUGUUUACUAGAUUAUAUAUUAGUUUGAAUAAAAUAAGUGAAAAAAUAGGAAAGGAAUAAAGUGAAAGGAGGUUAUUAUGAAAAUGUACAAACUGAAAAAUGUCCAAACCUAUGUAUUUAGAAGUAAAAGAGGAUUUCAUCUGCAUGUGUGUAAGUUUGCACAGAAUUAAAGGUUAAUAGGUUUAGAUUAAAACAUUUUUUUAUAUCUUGAAUCUAAAGUUACAGAGGGAUAUCAGAGUUUUUAAAAGGUCUUUGAUUUCACUGGCCUUAGUUUGGCUAAAAGGUGUUUUUCUCAGUUACGCUCCACUGUGGUCAUCAUGAGACCACCCUGGCGCUAACUGGAGCCUGCAGAGCAUUUGCCGUACACUGAAACACCACUGUUGUGGGGCGGAGUUGGGUUGUUCACUUUUUGAGAUUGAACAGGAAUACUUCUGGGAUCACUUUGUGUCAAAUUUCAAUCCCCCUGCUCCUGCAGGAGAAAGGAGAGGCUGCCUCUCUGGUGAGAGCUGUGUAAUCCCUCGCCCAGCCUGUUGCCUGCCUGUUGUCCCCCCUGUUCCCCUGUUUCACCGUGUCUCUCUCCCCCUCUGUCAACAGAACAAUGCAGACCAAGUGGCCUUCCAAGUGGGCGGCGGCUUGUCGGCGCUGGAACAAAUUCUGCAGGUCAUCACUGCUGCUUCCACACCCACCGCAGUUCCUCGUAUUCCUCACAAGUGAGUACUGGCUCCAAAUUUGAAACCUUACGAGACAUUUUCUUUCACAUAUCGGUAAACAUUCAUGCAUUUAAACGCUCAGAGGGUUCAGGUGUUUGACAACCAAAAAUGAAAGAGAAUUCAGUUCAUUAUCAUAACUUUGUCAAGUUUCUGCCUCAAACCAGCAGGGUGAGCUCUCUCUUUAACUUGUGACUGAGUCAGUUUGAUUUAUCAAAUGUUGUUGUGUUUGACGCUUAAGGUGACAUGUUUAAAUUUAGCUCCUCUGUCAAGGUAUUUAUCGAGUCAUUUUCAAGACUAAAAGAUAUUCCACAGAGUAAGAUAAACAGCUCUUCGCUUAGAUCACACAUUUAUUUUGUUGAAUUAAAAUAACAUAAAAUCACAUCUAAUUUAAGACAUUUUUACACGUUGUCUUUUAUAUUCUUUUGCCUGAAUGAGACCACAAAAAGCACUGAUACAGACUGAUAGCUUAAAAACAAUACAGGAAAUAAUUUUUACAAAAGUAUUGACAAAAAUUAGUCUCUGCUGUCUCUCUGUACAGAAACACUCUAAGCUUUUUUAUGUGGGAAUCAAACAGAUGAAAAUGGUAUCACAGAUUUAAUUUUUUAAUUGCCUCUACACAGACCAGUCUUGUUUGUAUAACAUCUUUACACCUAAUGCAUUUUUACCAUGCUGUAAACAGGCUUCUUUAUCCUUUCUCUGACCCCACUGACAACACACUUUUUUUCCCAUGUUUAUGUUUUUUGAGAUAACAUGAUGUGAAUUAGCUAAUCUCCACUGUUUAUAAUCACUCCAUCCAUAUACAUAUUCUCAUAAUGCACAUUUGAGUGACAGCACUGCCCUACCAGAAAAAGAAAUAUGUUUCUUUUCCUGUAAUCGAUUUAUGUUUGUUCUUUUCUCUGGAAACACAAAAAGCACACGUGUCUCAUCUAUCAUUUAUAGUACAGAGUUUUUUUUUGAGUUGUGGGUCUGGUGUUUGCAUGGCCUGCCUGUAGAUAACCUCAGAGAGGCAGCUGUAUUCACUGGUGGGACUCUGUAAUGGACUGGAAUGGCCUUGCUCUCCCAUUCAUUAGCAUUUACUGGUCUCUGAAUCUCCACUAAUGGACAAAUGCUUCUUAUAUUUAUAAGGCUUUUAAAGGGCAUCACAUGUAUAUUGAUUUUUUCUUGUGCUCUCUCUUCUUCAAUCAUUGUUGAUCUGGGAGAAUUUUGAGCAGACUUCUUUUUUAGCAGGAAUUGUUAUCUUGCAUGGAGAGACUAGAAGCAGAGAGUGUUUGCUUAUUUGUGACAGUAUUUUUCUCAAUUGCACAUAAAACCUGAAUGGCAUAAGAUAUCUGGCAUACCGUGACAGAGGACAAGGUUGUUUCUAUUUUAUGUAUAUGAGGCCACUUUAAUUAUUAGCUUUUAUAUACAUACAUACUGUAUAUAUAUAUAUAUAUAUAUAUAUAAACCUCAUGUUUCUUUGCAAAGGGUAUUAUGCUAUAUUAACACCAAUAGGAAUGACACAGUCAAGUGACUCUAAGAUCUGAUAGGUUGUUGUAGCUUGUUUAGAAAUCAACUUGGUACCCCUCCUCACCUGUGCUGCUAAUGUUGUCUUACCCUGGAUAGCAGAUUGCUGAGUGCUGAGAAGAGAACAUAAACUCCUGAUGAACACAUUAAUGCAGCACUGUGGAAACAUUCAUCCUGACCACGUGUGGAGUCAGCUAUAACCACUAGUUUUAGGGCUGGGCGAUAAACAGAAAAUGUACCGAUAGCGAAAUUUACGACAAUAACCGAUGUCAUUUUGCCCAUUUUGGCAUAUUCAGUGUCAAAAAAAAUAUAUAUAUAAAAGUUGGUUUUGGAAGUAUGUAGGUAGGCUAUGGUCUCAUGUCCCUUUGAGACGCUGUCCUACGUCAGAGAUGUGACUCCACCCCAUCCAGUCCAUAACAAAGAGGGAAAAACAGGUGAAGAGAUAUAGGACGGUGCAAAAGUUGUAGCGGCUGGAGUGGUGGCUGAAGUAGACAAAGUUAAUGUUGGAGGGGGUGAUCAGUUUGUGGAGUAGUUAUCGUCCAUUUAUCAUUAUCGAGUUGAACUGCUCAAUAUACCAUGAUAUUGAUUUGAGGCCAUAUCACCCAGCCUUACCUAGUUUUGAUUUUAAAAACUCUUUCUUUGGCUUUUUGUCUAGAAAAUAAACGUCAAAUUAAAAAAAAGAACCAUUUUAGUAACAGUAACUGUGAAAGCUUUAGCUCCUGUUUUUCUAAUAGAAGUGUUUUUUUUUUCUUGGUGGGAUUCAGUUGCAGUUAAAAAAAAAAAAAAAACAACAUACAAAGACAAAUGACACUUAUCCUCCCUUCUUAAAGUUUUUUAAACCACACAAACGCUUCAGAGGUCUCACAUCUCAACCUUGUAAUCCAGCUCAGACAGGUUGGUGGUGAUGAGAUGCAACACAAAGACACAGGCCGUCUGUCUACUUAUCACUAUCCAUCAUCUGGAUCCCUGUGUGGCAUAAUGGGCUGAUGGACAGACGCUAGACCCAGAGUGCGCUACAUUAUCUGUUUACAGUGAUGCUGCCGUAUUGAUCACCUCCUCCCACCAGAUAAGGAGAGUGAUUUACAGAAAAGGCAGCUGUGGUGAUGCUCCUGUUGUAUCCCCCCUUGGGGAGGCUGAUUCCAUAUUGUUACCAUUACAUUAAUGAGCUAAUUCCCCUGCGGAGCUUGGCCAGUGUCCUGGUGUAACCCUGUGGUCACUGGAAUGUUUCGAUCAGGCUGGAGUCAUUAUCUUCAGCCACAAAGACGACACCACGUCACAGAGAACCUCAAAUGUUAGGAUGGACUGUAGGUUUUUAUCAACAAAACAGACUUUAGUUCUAAUCAAUUUUAUUUAUUCGAUUAUUGUUGGCCUGUUUUCUCUCUCUUUCUCUCUCUCUCUCUCUGGUGGAUAAAGAUAAGAUUUCCUUAAUAUUUGUUUUUAUUUGAGAUGCUGGUUCAGUUAAAUACACUAGAUGCACUUUGCUUAUGAAGAAACUUGAACAACAAAACCAAAUCAGUCUCCAUUUUUUUGUAAAAUAUCUUCUCUUUUUUUGUUUUGCAAUGGCCCUUUUUUUUAACCUAUAAUGUUGACAAUGUCAGUGGAAUCAUAGAUCACUAUAACGUUGCUGAGGAUUUUGUCUCUAUAUUUACUACGCUAGUUUGAAAAAAAUAAACGAAUAAAGACACAAAUUCGCUGAUAUGUUUUUUUUUUUAUGUUAAUGACACAACCGCUUUUUGUUUCUGUAAUAUCUGUAGUUUGAUUCUUAUACCCAAGGCCAGUAUCAAAGAUGACAAGUUGUUUCAUUGGCUGUUUUCUGCGUCUUCUAUUGAAGUCUCAUGUCAGUGAUGGUUUGUAAAUCAAAAGUCAUUUAAAAAAAAAACUUGAUAUUUUAAUUUUUCUCCCGUGUCGACAUCUUCCACUGAUUUUGACACAGAGGCGAGUCCACGGUAACAAGUCCCAGGUGAUAAAUCGAGAAGGGUGUAGAAGGCCUUGGACAUUGAGUGAUAACCCAAUUUGUAUUUCCACCUCUGUCUCACAUGACCUGGCGUAUCCUGUGAAAUCAAACCUGCUACCUGUGGAUUUAUUUCAGGAUGUUUUCCACCAUUUGUGUUUGUGUGUGUGCACACACACUCAUGCCUCUGUGCGUGAUGGUGUGUGACGGCUCAUCAGAUUUCUUUCCCCGUCAUACCUGGCCGGUGUGGCACGACAGCCAGAGUAGAUGUCCUGGAAGCACUCAGGGUAUCGGGGAGAUCAACAGCAGAAUCAAAUUAAAUGUCAUUUAGAUCGCGCUGAAUGAAGGGAUUGUUUGACAGCACAAGGAAACGGAUUUGCUCCUCACCUUUUAUUUUGGCUUAGGAUUCUUUUUCUUCCCCUGAACACAAAUUUACCCUGUUUAAGAGGCAGGGACUCAACCUGAUCUGGAAGUUGGUCAGAUUUCUGCAGCGUCGCUCUAGUCAGGCUUGACUGGGCACAUAGGAAACACACUGAGAGGGCGAGAAAUGUGAGCCUCAGGUUGAGGAGCACAGAUCUCAGGGUUGAUAACUCCGGGCAGUGACAAAAAGCAGAGGGAGCUUUUUACGGGCUUGUUUUCUGUUGUCAACUGGAUUGAGAGCUGGCUGUGGGCCACUAUGAAUAGAUAAGGUUAAACAACUUCUACAAUCUCUACUGUGCACACUUUGUUUGUGUGUAUUUCUUUAAUUUAACCUGGGCAGUGAAGUCGGGAUCAUCUUUCUCCUUUUCUUGUGGCUAGUCUUUUAUUUUCUUACAAUGAAGUGAUAUUUGAAUAUAUCCUCACUGCACCUUCCUUAUUGUGCAUGGGCUUGUUGGCCACCCAAGCAGAGCCUCAGAGAGCUGCAGAGGGGCAAUUCAAGAUCAGAUGCGCUCCAUUUCUCUACCUCUUGGCCUCAUUUCUGCAUACUGAAAUAGCUUUGCAGGUAAAUUAAAGCUGCUAGCGUGUUUUUGCUGAUUGCAUAACCCAAAAACGGUGUAGGUGAAGGAUUUCUGUUUGCCUAGAUAGACUUGCACACAUCAGUCAUCAGGACGUUUUGAUCUGGCUUUACUCUUUACCAAACUGUUCCUCAAAGUUUUACACCGGAGCUGUCAUUGAAGGGUUUUUAGACAGUGAGAUUCCCUAAGAGGGUGGACUAUCAGGUGGCGUACUCAUCAAGCUCAAUUAGGUGGGUGGAAACCAAAGACCGAUCACUGUGAUGGCUCAUUGUACAGGCUAGUUUGUCAGGGCAUAACUCAAACAUGGCUUUGACAGCCUCCUCGUUUGUUCAGAGAUGACCAAAGACAUGCCUGAUUAGCUCUGUUACAAAGCAAUUUCAUGCUCAUUACAUAAGCAGCUGAGUGAGUUUAUCGUGGAGUCAAAGGAGGCAGAUCCGUCCUGACAGAAGUGAUGUUAUUUAAUUAGAAUAAACAGGUCAGUGGGAGAAUAAAAGCCAUGACUUGAAGUUGAUUUAAAGAAAAAUAGCGGGCUUUUCUUCUGUUUGGAGUAGGGGUGUCCCAAUACAACUUUUUUAACCUCUGAUACGAUACUGGUAUAGUAGCUUUCAAUAUUGGCCGAAACCAAUAUUGAUCGUAUAUUAGCACAAACUUGUGUAUGACACAUUUUGCACUCAGCUGCAACGUCUUUUUCGGACUUGAACGAAAAAUACUGCCAAAGGGCCGACAUCACUCCUGCUCCUUGCUACUUUGUUAGUACCUUAGUGAACACUGUUGUUGUGAUCACAUGGGCUCUACAUGCUGGAUAUGUGUGCUGCUAGAUAGAGGUGCUGGAGCGGAGUCUGGAAUGGACUACUUGUAUCGGAGUGCUGAUAUCACAGAAUUUAGAUGCAGGCCAAUAUAAUCCGAUAUUCAAAUUUUUGCUGAUAUCGGACCAAUAUCAGUAUCGUAUCCAGACACCCUUAGUUUGGAGUGAACCAAAGUAUCGGAAUUUUUUAGAAAUGAAAUUAAACUUUUCCCCGAUUCAAAAGGAUAUCAUUGAGAAGUUAUCUAAAAAGGCUUAUGAGUACAUUUGAAUAGUGAACAAGGUUUUUAGACUAGUUUGAGUCCAAAGUUUUGUGAGGCUAUUUAAGUCUGCAGAUUUCAAACUUCUACCUGAUUUGUCCUUUUCUUUUUAGUUUUAAUUUUGCUUUUGUCUCUUUCUUUUUUUUGUGGUCCACUAAGAGGGACCACUUUAUUUUCCUUACGCACAAAGUUGAGGACAUAAACCCCAGCUUUUCCAAGCCCACUGAAGUCUUUUUAAAAGAACGGGUGACACUGAGGAGAACUUUUAACAAUUUGUACAACAAACACAAUCUGGCAGGAGACGAACACUGAAUCUCCUUUGUCAAAGUUGUAAUCUGAGUGCUUCCAUUGACCGAGAAGAACUUUAUCCUGCUGUUUGACAGUAAUCAAGUCAAUCCUGUGCUGUCAUUUAUCUCUGAUAGGUCAUAUGAUAUCUUUACCAUUGUGCUCGACAUGAUUUAAAAUACCCGAAAAGUGACUUAAAGGCAUCUGAAGAAACUCCUGUCCUGCAGAGGAAUGCACAAAGCUUAAAUUUCAUUAGCUGUGUUCAGGAUGCAGUGAAACACAGAUAUUUGAAGAAAAAGUAGUUGAAAUGUCAUUUUGGUAUUUGCUCAGAUUCUCUACUGAACAUGGGACAAAGCCAGCUCCUGAUUCUUGAUGCAGCAUAAGUGCACGCAACAUAGUUUUGGUUGGGAUCUCAUGUUACCGAGCUCUUUCUCUACAUUGCCGGUUCUAUCAGUGCACUUAACUUUUUAUGCAGUCUGUAUACUCUAAUAAAAUUACCGUCCAUAAAGCUGCCAUAUAGGACAUUAUCAAUUUUCAGACAGCCUUUGUGCUGUUAUUGUUUUCAGGUGGACGGAAGUCAGCUUUGAUGCUAGAUUAGGACACCAUCCGAUCAUUCAAAAUAAAGUGCUUCUCACAUUAACACCGCAUUCCACGUCUGACAGCUUAACUCUGCAAUGUCAAUAAUGAUGCAGCAAGAUGACUGAUGUGCCCACUAGUGACUGCAAGGCAUUGAGAAAAAGGGAGUUAUUGACAGACUUGGGCUGCCUCAGCCUAAUCUAUUUUCUUGCAUUAUGCCAGUGUGGUUUGACUGAAAACGUACAGCAGAUGUGAAGGUUUUGGUAGAUAUCAAAAUGUUUACUAUUUGAAAUAAACAUGGCCUACUUAAGGCACUAGAGAGGCAGAUUCCUUUCUUGCAGUGAGCAGAUAGGACACGCCAUCCCGCCAAUGGCUAAAAUAUACAGUUGUCAGAAAAUAUUAACUGAUGAAACGAGGCUGAGGGGGAGUAGCAGUCACAGCAGAACCACUGGUCAGUUAUCUGAAGCAUUAAUCUUCUCUGAGGCUUGUUUCAGAGCAGACAUAAUACAGAACUUGCUGAGCUCUAGAUGCAGCCUGGCGGCCCUCAGGAGCUGCUGAGAGGAAUAGUUUUAUCUCCCCGGCAGAAAUGCUGCACCAUCCCAGCCAAGAUGGGACUGAGAUUGCGAUCAGCUCCUCUGACGGUGGCUGUAGUGAAGGGAGUAUCCACAUAAAGUAGCUGAUACGAGUGUUUUUAUUUCUCAAAUCUGCUUCCUUACUCUGCCUGUCAGUGAGAUAUGUUUUUUUGACAUGUGAAGACUAACUACGUCCUUAAAGAACUACAAAUACAGACAAGUGUGUUUGGUUUCCUAAUGACUGCAGAUAGUCUUGUCAAUGCCCGGGGCGAGUAGCUGGCAAGGGGCGCAGCCUGCCUUGAUGUUUUUUUUAACAUACAUAUGAUGAAUGAAAUUUUUGUCAUCUUUCUUAGAUCCCUCUGUGCUGCUACAAACACCUACUACUUGGCGUGUUCCUGCAGCCCGCUGAACUGCUCCUAUGUGCUGUUUAGCAACAAAAUAGCCCUCCUUAUGGACCUGCUGCUGCAUCAGUUAACAGUAAGUAUAAGCUUUACAGCUCAUGACCAAAGCAUACUGUGACAUAAGAGGGUCAAUGACGUGACACAGUUUUUUUUUUUUUUUUUAUGUUACCAUGGUUUAGUUAAAUUUAAGAAGGUUACAAUUCGAAAAUAAAUUCACUAAUUACUUCGAGACAUUCUCUUUUGGAAGACCUAGUCUAAAAUUUCUGGAUUUUAUCAAUUUUGAGAGAAUAUUCAGGUAACAAUGGGAAAAAUGUCAAUGUGGUGUAACCAUAAAAACUCAGUACCAAAUAUUUUAACUUGUUCAAAAAAAGGAAAAAUUCUCAGGAAAACACAAUGUCAACUAGUUUGGCAUAAUCCUACAUUUGUGUUGUUAAACCAUAAAUAAAUUAAAUGGAACACCAUGUUUUUGAAUAUUAUAAUUUACUUAGGGGAUUGUGUCUGUCAAGUCAACUUUCUUAAUUGUCAAGGUGGUGUAACUAACAUUCAAGGAGCGAUUUUUUUCAUUUGUGUAAGAAGACCAUGUGACAGGAAAUUAUAUCACAAAGAAGAACCUCUGAUUAGCCUAACUGCUGCAUGCCAAAGUAAGAAGCUCUCUUCAAAAUCUUGAUAAUUUGACAUUUUUAGGACAUGGUCAGGUGUGCUCGGAGUUACAUGUCAAAUGGUCAAGAUACAAUCUAAUGAGAUAACUUGUUAAUUUGUGCCAGUACGGUUAUCUUUCCUUAAAUCACAAUAAGUGUAAAAGAUAUACAUCAAGAGGCCUGAUCAAAAUUUUUCUAAGGUAGCCAGACAUAAACGUAGCUUUUUAUUGAACUCCCCCUGUUUUCGUAACAUAUAUCUGUUGAUAUAUAGUGCUUCAACCACUGUGCAAACUGUGCCUUUUUGCAGGUGUCUGCUCUUGCCACAAUGUUAAUGAAAGACAGUCAAAGGCGCAAGCCAACGAGAAACAAACCUCUCCGCAGAUGCCUACAGACUAGGGAAUGUGAGAGCAUAGUCGGGCUUGCAGGCAGUCCGUACUGCGGCGACAUGUCAGCCCAUAUCCUUCAGCACUCUAUAAGAAGGACUGUAAACAUCGGCCCACUCCAAACAUCUAACAGUGGCGGCGCACUGGGGCCGCCUACACUAACAGGCAGCACAGACAGGACAAGGCACAGGCGCAGGGUUGUGGUACAUGCAUGAACUCUACUGGGGCUUCCUUCUCAGGCGCUGAGUUCCAAUCCAGAGCAGUCAUAUUUCCUGAGGGCACGCAGGGAGAGGUUUGCCUGUAUGCUUCAGUUUAUAUAAAACAUAUCCCUGCAGCUGUUCUGCUGACUGACAUAUUUAGCAGCACUGCAGGAGACAAACUAGCUGGUCUCUUUUCGUUCGAUUCAAAUCAAGAAAUUGGGCUCAAAAAAUCUACGUGUCUCCAUAUCAAGUAAUUUACAACUCAGUCUUCAUGUCACACUAUACAAUUUUUCAGUGUUUAAGGCACUUUCCAUCAGCUGAACAUGCUCAUUUUUCUGUUCCUGGUAUGUGUACGAGCAGUUAAGUGGAGCGGUGGGGGUUGCUCUGUCAUACGAGUAUGUACUCUUUUAAUUAGAUUUGCGGAGAAUGUUGGUGGAUUUACCUUUGCUGUCAGCGUUCACCCCACCAAAUGAGGGGGUUUUAUCAUUGCAAGGUUCUCCUUGUUACAUGGUAGCAGUGCACAACUUGAUUUGGACCUCUGUUUGAGUGCUCCGUGAAGUCUGUCUUGAACUAGAAAUGGAAAAAAUGCUCAUCCAGCAGCUAUACUUUGUAGUUUUUUUUUUUCCUACUGCUUUUUUGUAGCUUCCACACUCUUGGAUAUUAAUAUCUCCUUCUACAUCUGACUUGUUAACAUUAAUUUUUUUGAUAUAUCUGUGGCUAAUGAAAUGUCAACUAGAUAUCUUUGAAAUACAGCCAUAGUCAGCUCACAGAGUAAUCAAAUAAAUUGUGCCCCAAAGCUGGUGAGUAAUACACUUACUUAACUGUGCGGUGCAGUAAAGUAUUUUUUUUUGCAGGACAAUAAUAGGAUGUUUAAUUUGAGUUAACAUGAUAAUGAAUGGUAGUAGAUUCACAUGCUGACAUUUGCAUGGACCUAGAUCUGGGCGAUAAAACGCUAAAUAUUGAAAAUUAAUUUCCCUCAAUGUCAAUAUAAAACAUGGUGAGCAUGCUUUUCAAUAGUCUGCAUUAUCCCAUGUUUAGGUAGACUAUACGAAUAGCCAAUGAAAAGGAGAGUUGCUCUGGGUCCGCUUCACACUGAACCAAUCAUGUGCUGAAUUAGAACCAAGUAGCAAACAACAUGCAACCACAGCACUUUAACACGUGAAGACGACAGCACUGUUGGUGAGAAAAAAAGAAAAUGAGUAUUUCCCCCGGCAGAAAUGCAGAGGAAGGCUCAACUGAUGAUGACAUCGUCGACAACACUGACACGAAAACGUCAGUGGUGUGGAGGUAUUUAGUUUUUUUGAGGUCAGACAUGAAGCAGAGUAAUGUGCACUGAAAAUUAUGUCGAGUAUAUGUUCUUGAGAAGUAGAGGAAUACCUCAAAUCUUUUUCACCACCUGAAGCAGCACCACGCAACAGAGCACGCACAAUGCCAUAAGCCCAUGGCGCCUGCGCAGCCGAAACAGCCGACCAUUCAGUCAGCUUUCUCUAGCGCAACGCCUUACGACAAAACGUCAAAGAGACACAAAGACCUCACAGAUGCAGUAUUAUUGUAUUGCAAAAGACAUGCCACCAAUAAGCACUGUUAAAUUUUGAUAUCAUGAUAUUUAUCGAUUUCGACUGAUAUGAAAAAAAAUGUAUCGUGAUAAACUUUUUCCCACAUCGCCCAGCCCUACAUGAACCCUACAAGGAUCAUUCGUUUGUUUGUAUUUUACUGUAACCAUUAGAUACUGUGGAUACUGUAUCUAAUGGUUUUGGAUGCUCUCAGGAUUCCGAUGCAGUUGGUCAUUAUCAGGCGUAACUAUUGCUUAAUAUGCAGAUAGCCUGUCCUCUUCUCUUAAAUCAUUUCUUUUUUUUUUUCCUACUUGCAGCUGUAUGUUCCAGAAGAGGACAAAUCCAUCUUUGGCCGCAGCGUGAACAAACAAGUCUUUGAGGGUUUGACGACAGGUCUGCUGCAGACCAUCGCUACCAUCCUGGGGUCUCUGUGGCCUCAGAUCCCAGACGCUGGACAAGGUGAAAAGACAUGGAUUUCCUCCCCAGAUGCCAAGGUCAAGAGCUCUGCCACAGAGUCCUUCAACACUCGCACACAAGACCUCAUUAGGUAUUUUCCUUCUAAAGCUCUGCGCUACUCUCACACUGCUUCUCUUCCUCCUACAUGGCACCUCUUUUCCUCAUCUCCUGACCUUUAAACCUUCUGUACUACAUCUCUGCUUUACUCCCCUUGACUGGGUUGAGAGUUGGUCAACCUGAUUUCCUCAAUAGCGUGCCUUGUGUAAAGAAUAGGCUGACAAAAUGUCAGAUCUCUUGGAAGUGAUCCAACUGGUGUUAAGUUAGAGCAGAGGUAGUGUGAGAAUGAGCUUGUUUUCUGGCAUCUUUCCAUCUUGGCCUUUUUUUUUCCCCCCGCAGGUUUAGCGCCAUAUUUCAAGCAAAAACAUUUUAAAGUAGCAUAAACAUAGAGCACUUCCAACGCUUUGAAAGGUCUCCUUGAACCUGGCAUUGGAGCAAGCUGUGUUGGCCUGGAUAGUAGGAGUCUGGGCUGUGUUGGAGAAAUGUGGGCUGUGAAAAAAGGCAGACCCGCCCUGAUGAAGACUUGUGGAAGAGUGCAGCCUUUCCACCAUCCCUCCCACAAGCCAUGAUUCAUCCGGACGGAGCAGCUGUACAGGCCCACCACUCUCAUCCAAUGACCCAGUCGUAACCCUGGAGACGGGGGGGAGGCCUGAGAAAAAUGGUGUCGUCAGACUGUAAUCCUGAGUACAUCCCGAGUACAAGAUUUACCUCAACUGCCUCGUACAAUCUGUAAACGAUUGAGGAAGAAGGAAAGAUCAAAACGAAUUCAGGUUUGGCACUGAGCAAACGUGUAUUUAACAAAAAAGAGGAGAUCACAAUUUCCUUUUCUAGCAAAACUAUUUUCUCAGUUUGGCUUUCAGUGCUUUUAGCCCCCGAUCAUUUUCAUACAUGUUUUCAGUUCAUGCUCAUGUGAUAAGACACUUCAAGCGGUAACUUCGACCACCAAGCAGGUCGUCGAAGUGAGAGCAGGCACCGAACUCGAGGAAAGAUCCUUUCAGCCAAAGUAAAGCUGUCGAAGAGGAUCAAGUCAAAACAAUGGGACUCGGUUCAAGUGUCAGAUGACCUGCAGCAGAGGCUGAAAAAAAGCGAUAAUCACCUGUUUUGAAAAGACUCCAGUGAGUGACAGUUCGAACAAAAAAAGUAUGUGGACGAAGCCGAGAGUCUUGACGGUAAUGAGAAGAGGACGCACUGCUUUCAGAGUGACCACAUCAGCUACUCCAAAGCCUUGAUUGGCAGGUGUAGUGCUCUAUAGGUUUAAGUAAGCUGUUGCUGCCUGAGCUGAGCCUGAGGUGUGCGACAUACCUGAGCUAUAGAAAGACCGCCUUAGGUCAGCAAACUUUCGAAGACCUAGAGCCAUGCUGGCACAGGGGCCACAGCGGCUCUCUAAUGACACUAUUAGCAGUGGUUUGUGGCUAAAAGGGUACAGGGAACAUGAUCAUGAGACCUGUCAUUGGCAAAGACAAAUUGGAGAUAUCAGAGUAAUAGCAGGGGGUGAAGGGCGUAGGUGAGGUAUCUGCUUUCAGCUGCAGCACUGUGGAAGUAUGCACAGUGAAGGCCUUUGUUUGCCUGUGUGAGAUAUUUUUUUUAAGGAAGCACAUUUUAGGAGAAAUUCACAACACCAUGUCUUGAUUUGUCUCUUCUUGCGCAUUUCUUCCAGCUACGUGGUAAACAUGGGUUUGAUCGACAAGCUGUAUGGAUGCUUCCUGUCAGUCCAAGGUCCUGUGGAUGAGCAGCCGAAGAUGUCUGCUUUCCUUCAGCAAGCCUCGGCUCUCCUGCACAGCAUGUGCAAGCUGUGUUUCGUGGUAACUGGACGGUGAGCACGCCUCUUCCUCUGUUACACACCACCAUCACUGCUGUGAUCUCUUGAUCCUCAGUUGACACACAAACACGCAUCCGUCUCUGAGUCACUGUCACAAGGAUACAUAAAGAAGCCGUUAACUUCAACAAAGACUGCGGUUCCUCUGCUAUCAGCAAGCAGGUCGUUUCCUCCAGCCUGCUAGCCUGCUAAGCUGUCGUUACUGCAGAUAGAGAUAGGCAUCUACUUGACCCAGCGCUCUGUCACUCACCAUAAACCUUAGCCCUGCAGCGCAGGGGGAGCCCACCCACGUGUGCUACAGUGACCUCCGCACAGAGAGGUUCAGUGGCACGGCUGACAGAGGCUAAGCACACAGUCACACCAAGGGACCCAAUUCCUCACUUAAGAGGAAAAAAGAAAAAAAGCUGACCGUGGCUUGAAGGCCAGAAAUGCUUUGAUAUUGACUCUUUGAACAGUUUGAUCCACGUACCAGUGAAGUCAAUUAUGAUUUCCUCUGUAAAAAGCCCUUGCUUGGCAGCACAUUACUCAAUACUUGUGUCAUUACGUAUUUAGUGUUGCCCAGCUUGCUGCUGUAUCUUGGCAGCUGCAAGGUGCUGCAGUGACAGUCACGAGCAGCGUCAAAAAGACUAAGUCACUAAAUAUCUGUGAGAAAACAAAGCUCCACACUUUGCAGAUUGAACGAGACUGGCAGCCUUUUUCCUGCCAGGAUUCUCCACGGGUCAUAUACAUGAAUGCUCGGUAGGCUUGUUGAAUAUUUUGACCAUGCCAGUUGCUGUUUCAGGGGAUUACAGUGGCAUUAGAGGUUGUGUUCUUGCCUAGCAGCAUAUUUCACACAGAGCCUGUUGGCUAACAUCAAGUAUCAGCAUGCACUGUAGGAUCCAUCCAAAGGUCACACGCCCUUCUUUCUGCAUGGCUGCAAAUCAUUGCUGCAGCCACUGCUGCUGCCGCGCUAUUAAACUGUCCAUCUGCACUAGUUUUCCCAAGAGUCAUCUGCAAAACCACUAAAAAACAUUAAACUAUUAUUUUGCAAAACGCUCUAAAUUUAGUGCUUUUUACAUUAAAAAAAGAUUUAAAAAUGAAUGAAUUAAAUCCGUCGACAAAAAAAAAACAAAGCCUAUUUUUCAUUGAAAGAAACUUGGUUAACAGCCUUGGCAUCAUCAUGGUUUCAUUGAAUGUUACAUUUGAGACUCUACGCACAAACCAGGUGGCAUCUUUUGGAUGUCAUCAAACAUAUCACUUUCAUUUGUCUCAUGCGAGCAUUUAGAAAUCGUACUAAAACGUUCAGCACCUUGUCAAGUGGUCUGAAGCCGCUGCCAUGAGCUUCAAGUCCUGGCAUCACUUUGUUUACCGUGGCAUGAGUGGGAGCAGAAAAGCCGAUUUUAAAUCUUAUUCAAACAAACCAGCUAAAGGGAAACAAUGUGAAAGCUCAUGCAUGCAAAAACAAGAAGAUAUAAUCAUUUCAUGAAUGAACAAAAGAUGCACAAGAUGAGGGGAAACCAAACUGAAGAGCAGCUGUGAGCAAACACAUCAGUAUGUUGUACAUUUUUUUAACUAAGUGCUUUUCCACAACCGCAGUCAGUCAGAGAACAUGAGGCAGUUUCUCUUGUCCAAGGUUAAAUAAUCUCUAUGUCUUGGUCUAGUGAGGGUAUCUAAUUGCCCCCAAGGUCCAGACUAAUAUUCAUGUGCAUCCUCAGUCGUUUGAUAUUGUGACUGAAAAAAUGUGGUUUCUCUUUUUCUCUCAGUUCUACAUGAGUGCAUCCCUUGAUUUAAUAAAUGUAAUGUCACAGUCACCAUAGCAAACAUACACUCUAAUUCACAUUAAUGCAAAACUAAACAUGUCACUCUAACAUCACAGAAAUACUGAAUCUUGCUUAUAUAGAGGGUGAUUAAAUACGUUAAACAAAAUUUAACUGUGUUUAAGUUUUCAAAAGGACAAUCACAGUCUUCCCUAUAAUAGUAAUCCAAAACAGUUUGUUUAGAGAAUAUUGUUUUGCAAAUAAGAGAGAAAUCUUCUAUAUUUUCAUUCCUGUUCACAGGAAUAUAAUAUUAUAAUAUAAAUGUAAAUCAUUAGUGUAGGAGAGAGGGUGGUACUAGAUAAGUUUCAACUUCUUCUCACUCCUUUUUUUAGCAUGGAUAACUUUUUAUCAUUUGUUGUUGUAUUCUUAACUUUUUUAUUACUUUGUUUUUCUUUUAUGUUCAAAAUAAACUUCAAUCAAUCAAUCAAUCAUGAAACAAGUAGCACACAUGACACAGAACAAACUCAAUACUAGCCUGUCUUUCCCAGUAUCAUAUCUCUUUUUUUAUGAUGGUUGACAGUUAUCUCUUCUUUUACUGACUGUACACUCCCCCUGUCCUCCUCUCCAGCGCUCCGAGUAUAUUUGACAAUAAACGUCAGGACCCAACCGGACUUACGGCCCUACUGCAGUCCACAGACCUGGUGGGAGUGGUGCACACUCUGUAUUGUAUCCUGCUGCACAGUUUCGCGCCAGAGUCUGCCUCCCAGAGUCAGGAGCCGUACGGCCCCGGGGUCAUACAAGUGGCCUUGCAGGGCAUUCGCUUCCUCAACAGUUUUGCCCUGCUUGACCUAUCCGCCUUCCAGGUAUUUGUAUUAAUAAUAAUAAUAAUAAUCCAAUGUUCAUCCUUUUUUCACUUUAACUCAUUAAAUAAAAACAAACUAUUCGGUUAAGGGGCUUGACAGAGUUUUUUUUCUGCGUGACUCUUUAUCUGAUGUUUGUAUUUUAAGAGACUAAAUAGGGCCAUGAACAUGUCUGUUUGUAGAAGAUUGAUGCUGGUUUCUUUGUUUGAGCCAUUAGAAGAGUGGUAAAUAUCGUCAAGUCAAAGCUGACCUAUUGAUAGGAACACGGGUCCCCUCUAACCCUGAUCAGUUGUUGGGGUUGACCUGCGCUGGCUGGGUCAGCAGUUAGGACGCAGCACAUGUGACUAACACUCUGAGCAGGGCUCUACAUUACUCAGCAAGGGGAAGGAGAGAGCAAUCGCCUCGCUGAGCUAAAUUGCCACACAGACUGAAACAAGACGAGAGAAAGCGAGAAUGCAGUUAAUUAUUUUAAUGCCUCGCGGUAAUUACUUUGAAGCGGCUUCCUCUCAGUGACCCACCACAUUCAGGCAAGUGGAAACAGCUGGAAAUCAAAGCAUUUUGCUGCCAGAGUUUUAUGAGCGUUUAAAUAAUGUUUCGUUUUUUUCUGUUGUUGUUGGGGGGGGGUUGUAAUCACCUUGUGUUUCACAUUACCUCAUAGUACAGGCUAAAACGUGCUGCAGUGGAUAAGUGUUAAGGAGUCAGGCUGUUAACUUACCAGUUACAGUACCCAACAACGCUUUAAUGUAAAAUAUGAGGAGAGAUAACCAAAUUUGGUUGAGGUUGACAAGCUCAUAUUUAAACCAUAUUUGUUUCCCUUACCAAACAGCUGUCUUCCUUUUAAAUACCAAGUUACUUCUUAGUUCUGUUAGAUAACUACCGUCACUGUUCAGUAUUUUAUCCUACAUGUAAAAGUUAAAACAGAAUACGCCCCUCGGUAUUGUGUUAUGGAUGUUUCAGAGUGGCUAACGUCUCCAAACUCUGAGUGGAGUAGUGAUGAUCUCUUGGUGCUCGGUCACACUGACAUGUUUAUCAAACACUGCCGGUGGGCUGCUCCUAGUGUCUAAUUUGAAGUGGUGCUGGGGUGUUUUAUUGUGGGACCCUGCUUGAGUUUAUACCCUUACACAGUAUAUCCUCCCUUUGGCAAAACAUUUAAUCUUUUAUUACCUCAUGUUGUUUGGUAUUGAGCUCUUUGUAAUCACAAUUAAAGCAAUUUAUGCUUCAUUUGCUGUACUAAAUAUUUAUAUGUUUUGUCUGUGACCUGUCAGUCUGUCCUAGGAGCUGAAGGCUUGUCUCUUGCUUUCCGACACAUCGUCAGCUCACUGCUCUGGUACUGUACCCAGCAUUCCUCUGAGGAGCUGCUGCAUGAAGUCAUCAUCUGUGUGGGAUAUUUUACAGUCAAUCAUCCUGACAACCAGGUAAACAAGCGACAUGCUGCUCUGAACACACAGAAAUGUGCUGACUUAGUUCAACAAAAAUCUACUCUUAAUAUUUGUUUAUUACAUUUUUUAAUGAACUCUGAUACUAAACUUUAUUGUUUUUAACUGGUUUUGUUAAUUAUUCAAUUCAUAAGUACGCAGAAUACACUAAAAGUUUAAGUUGUGAGAAGAUUCCCAAUUCUUGGAAUGAGGUGUUUCUUAUUUUUCUAAUUUUAUGGCGCCAACAGUAAAUUAAACGGUAACACAUAGUACAUUAAAAAUUCGAACAAUGGCUGUAGUUUGUAACAUUUUGUUCAAGAUAUGUGUGAAUUAAAUAUAAAUUUGUAAUAUUUAAAUGUAUAUUACAGUAGUUGCCUGUUAACUCUCUACGUGCCAAGGUGCUUAGUUAUUCAAUUCAUGCACUUUUGAAAAGAAUAAACCAGUUUCUAAUAUUUUCAUGACUUCAGUUAACCACUGGUUUAACGGUUCAUUGACAUUAUCACUGAAGUAGUAACAUUUCAUUCCAGAAAAGCUGUCUGCUAAGCUCAGAAACAUCAUCUGGCUUUUGUUCUGUUCAUGUAUUAUUAGUCAGAAAAUGGGUGUAGUUUUGUUAUCGUAACAAAAAGCACCUGUUUAAAGAUUCAUGCCUUGGCACCCUCCUGCUUUCAGCCUGCUUGUCCUCUAUUAUCCCUCUGAGCAAGUCUUUGUUCCUGGUAAAGCAGAGCAGCGUGCCGGCCGCGCUGCUACAACUACUCAGGGGCUCUCUGUAGAAGUGAGCACCAAGUGAUGGAGCAGACCGGGCUGCUGUGGAAGUGGCUGUCAUGCGUGGCCCGUUGAGUGGGCCACUGAUUAGUCGCGCUACACUUGGCUGGGCUUCGAUUAUGUUAAGCCGGACCCACACAGGCAGCAGCGGCUUCAAUAUCGAACCUGUGAUACGUCAUUCACGUUGAUGCCAUCACAGACGGACCGAUUCAAAGUCUGAUUCUAGUUUACGUUUUACUUCUUUAAAUUCAAGGACCCUUCUUUUGCAGCUCCCUUUUCUCUCUGCCUCCAUCCUAUGUAACAAAUCUGACGUAUAAAAACAGCAUUUGUUCGUCAUUAUAAAUCCAAUUUGCAUAAAAAUGAAAUCACUGAAUUAGAGUAGGUGAUUAAAUUAAAGGAGUAACAACUUAUUCGUUCUUGUUCACCCACAGCCAUGUAAGCAGAGCAGCCAUGCUUGACUGUGUUUGCAUUGAGAAAAAAAGAUUGUGUACGCUGCGAAUUUGAUGCAAAAUCCUCCAUUUCUUUGUACCCAGGGCACUGCCGGCUUAAGUUUUAUUUAUUUAUUUAUAAAAACAAGAAGAAAAAAAAUUAUACUUUGCUUUUGAGUUAAAUUGUUAGUUUGAAAAAUGUAUUAAAGGAUGGGGGGAAAACAGGAUCCUGCACAACCUCGAUUUAGACUUGGUUUUUGCCAGUGGUCCAGAUCCUGGAAUGCGUCCAUAUUGCACUGAGAUGGAUGGCGUUAAGGAGAAUAUUUAGAGCAGCUUGAGCUUUUCUCAAGCUAAUGUAAGCAUUGGCAGGACACGAAAGCAGCCCGACCCGGGGCCUAUGCGGUCGCAGAAGGACUGCUGAUUCACUGUCGGCACACCAGCUUUUGUUUAUAUAUAUGCUCUAGAAAUAAGGCCGCUCAUAAAAAGCAGAACUUUGAAGCAGCACUAUACGUACUGAUGUAUUCCCUCUGCUCUGGAGGCAUGAAUAAUUCACCCUGUCACACAAAAAGCCAUCAGGAGAGUGACAUAUGUAGGCUUGUGUAUUUUCAAGUGCGUCCCUGCUCAUGGGGCCACUGAGCCAUGCAGCCAUAUGUUACAUUGUCUGUCCCUGUAGAGACCUUUUUGACUCAAUAAAAGCAGAACAAAUGACACCUAGCUUCUAACUGACAUGAAGCUUUUCUUCUUCUUCUUCUUCUUCUUCUUUUGUUUUUUCUGCCUGAAGAGUCCUGUACCGGUAAUCUCCCCUGUCUUUAAACGCAGUGAUUCAUUUCUGAAUCAUCCGCUGUGAUGAUCUGUUGAAUCUUUGAGGAGAUGAGGCUGUAAUUGUAAACUGUUGACAUGUUAAACCACCUGAUUCCUGCGCGCUUUUCAGAAAACACACAAGCAAUUUGAGAGUGUGGAAAUCUUAAGAAAACGCCAGGGUUUUUUUCUUUUUUCAGGGCUCGGAAAAUUGCCACACACGCAAAGAGAGUUAGCUGCACACACAAAUACUUAAACGCAACACACACAGUCAGAUGUGAGUUAAAUUUCAUAGAAAGCAAAUGCAUGAUCAUCUUUUGUUUUUCAUCUUGCAUGGAUGUAGAAAGAAAACCCCGGUGGAAUAUGAAACAAGGAGGUCAGAAAUGUAACUGGGGUCAAGAUGGUGCAGGGCCCUGUGUAUAUUAUUGACAGACAACUGUAGUCCACAUUGUAGUGUGAACAUCCCUCACAUGUCUCCAGAGCUCAGCCUUAUCAGUAGGGUCAUACUUCUUCUUCCCAUCCUCUAUGAGGGCGUUUCCUCUGCCCUGCAGGCCCAAGCCAGGGUUUAGGCCUGUAAUUCCUGUUAACCUGAUGUCGAAACGCUCCCCUCAGCAGUCCAUUACCGCCAAGACAGCCAGGCCCUCAGUGCCUGCGGGGUAAGUGCAGCUCGUGCAGACCAUAGGGAGCCAGCGCAAGGGGGAAUGCACACUCUGUAUCACCCAGCAGAGUAAACAGAGUUAGAGAGACACAGACAGACACACUCUCCUCUGACUGGCAGGAGAGGGCCUUGUUGUUAGCUCAGUAGAUGAUUUACACCGCCCCUCAAGGGUGAACACGGGUCCAACUAACUUUAAGUGAAGCUGAGGAUGUUUUUAUCCCCACAAACCUUUCAGUGAGGGGUUUCCAUUAGUCUGUAACACUGUCAUCAGGUCGGUUUGAGAGCACAAUUAUCAGCUGUAAGAUCUGGUACGGAAUGACAGCGUCAGCUCAUAGAGAUAAAUAAGGAGUUAUUAAGCUUUAUUGUGCGAAUAAUAGCAGGAUUCGAAAACGGCAGACAGCUGACUGAGAAGUCAAGUUAGAGUGUCUUUGUCAAUGUCUGCGAAGCUAAAACGUGAUUGUCAAAGGCGGUUUGCAGAGCGUACAACUCAAUGAGGCAUUGUCAAAGUUGUAAAGGAGCACUAAACUUCUAAACUGGAUUUGCUUUGUCUGCUGUGCUACACACCUUAUCAGUAAGACGGUUCCACUCUGAUGGAUCUGCUUUGUAUAGUGGAUUCAAGUGUCAGCUAUAUGGCCCUGCACUGACACUGGUGAUCAGGCUGUCUAGACACUGUGAUGACCUGAGAUUCCUCUGCAUGCACUAGAUUGUCACUUUGCUUCAUUAGAUUUUUUGCAGAAAGAAGAAAAUCAACUUCUCUUUGCUUCAUGCAGUAUUAAAGCUGACUGAGAUUUAGACGUUUUCUUCCCUGCCUUCUCAAACCUGCCUUAACUUUGGUUUCCUGAGUCAACACGGGCUUUUCCCAGGAAUUUGUUUGCGUUUCGGUACAUUAACUUUACACACUCUUUGUUGUCGUUGAGGGACAGUGAGGAAGUUAUGUAAUGGAAGCAUCAUAAAACUUGGCACUGUUUAAAAGUGCCAGGUCUCUGGACUUAAAGCAGAACAGAGCAGCCAAGACUUUUGAGUUUUUACAGGGUCUGUGUGAUACCGCGGGCCAGAUGUAUGAGUUCAGAUGCUUGUUGUUAGUUUUAUGAUGUCAGGCGUUUGAGCUGCAGACUCUUCAGCUGAGCCGGGAGAAGUAACACUGCAGCAUAAGCUCCAGUUGGAAGGCAUCGUGAGCUCUGGCAUUUCUUCACCUGAUUGAGGUGCAGAAAGUUGGCGGGGCACUCGGUGUCUUCGAUACUCUCAGAUUCUCGCUGCCACCAAGUUUUGUUUUAUGUCUUUCUGCGUCCAGCUUUCGGAGGUGGACAAUUUGUUUAGGCAGUGAAAGGAUAAAACUGCGUUGCGGAGGAUUAUGAGCUCACCGGGUGAUUUGUGGGUUGGAUCUUCUCAGAGCCUUAGCUUAAAUAUUUUACACCAGCUAUGGUGUUGAAUUAUGACACCUUAACCAUGAAUGUUUUCGAUUAAAACACAAGAAUGAAUAAAUAUUACAGCUUUUGCAUAGCCAUGUCUUUGGCUUUCUAAUCAUUCCGGGUGCAUAAAUCUUCAGCCCCACAAUACCAGUUUGUCUUUUGUUAGUUUUGCAACUGACAAGAUAAAUGUGAAGAUGUAGGAUUUAGUGGAAAGUAGCAUGUAAAAGCUAAAACUACACGCACUGAAAAUAAGCAGCUCUGCUUUUGAAAACAACCAGAUCUUGUCUUUUUUUCCCCUUUUCUUCAGGGGAUAAAUUUGUCCUAGUCUCACAUUCCUUUCAAAAAAACACUCAUUGAGUCUGUGAAACUUGGGGGAUUUUUCUCUUUCACUUUUACACACAUAUUCUCCGCAGUCUUCAUCUUUGUAACGCACUCGAGUUGUCUCGAAUUCUGUAACUCAGUGAGACACAGCAGAGCGGAAACAAACUGUCCUUUUAUCUUUAGAUUUUAACACUUAUAUCUCAGUUUGACAAAUUCAUUGCUCUUCUUAAGCCUAAGUGUUUGUAUUGCAUCGGAGUUCAGAUUGUUUGAACUGUCCGCAUGGUUUCUUUAAACAAGUCAUGGUCGGAAAUGGCACUGCUUUUUGUCCCUUUGAACGACGCUGUAGAGGGCAGCUCUGAGGAGUUUCACCUUGAACUGAUAAAAGCGAUGAAUUAUCGCGUUGUUUAUCCUGCCGCAAACUUGGAGUGCAUUAUCAAAGGACAGGCCAAUAGGAGAGUAUUAGAGGGUGUAUUUUUAAAAUCUUGUAAAUCUUGUUAAUUUAUGUCACUGUGAUUCGGAGACCUCACUUUGCCCUUCUGGUUUCCAUUGGCUCUGAGCCCCCCGCCCUUUAGUCUGUUCCUGCGCUGCAGAUCAGCGUUUUCCUUUUCUUCUCCAGCAGGGUUUUAGUAUGCUGACCUGCUGGUUUUCAGACGGGUGCUGAUGGUCCUCUCAGACUCAGGGGAGAUGACCAGAGCAUUAGGGCCGGGACCCCCUUCCUUUGCCACAGCCCCCUUGCUAAUCAAAUGAGUCUGGGGGUGAUUUGGUUGUAAUACUGGAGGCUUGGAUGUGAUGCUGUGUGAUUGACGGGCUGUGACGGAGAGCAGGAUGUCGGCAGGGUGAAUACGCCAUUAAUGUUAUUGCUCAUUUCUUAAAGUGGGGGUGGCAACACUGAUCGCAGAGGUUUGCUCACCCUGCUUUUCAUCCACCGCCCCACCUCUUAGUCUCUCCGCUGCACUGUGAAUACCCUCUCAACCUGAGCUUCACCCGUCAACAAACUAUUCCAGUUUCUCUACCUUCAUGUUGCUUAAAAGAGACCCUCAAAGUGAAGUUGCAUUCGCAGAUAUUGACAUCAGGUCUCAUUUCCUUCUUUCGUUGCAGCAGCUCUGCUUUUGCCAUUAGUAUGAAGGAAGAACAAAACAUCCUAUCAUUGUGUUUUAUAGCCUAUAAUUGCACGGUGGGAGGCUGUGCCCCGCAAGUCUCCACCUAAUGGCUGUUUGUGUGUUGUUUUAGUGGCAGAUUUACAUGUGGGAGGGGCACAGGGCGGUAAUUUACAAGCAGCAGGGCCUCUGACUGGCCGCCUGGCUGGCUUAGUGACUGACUGGCCGUGUGCUCCCUGUGUGUUCCAGGUGAUAGUGCAGUCUGGCCGCCAGCCCAGCGUUCUGCAGAAACUGUGUCAGCUGCCCUUCCAGUACUUCAGUCACCCGCGCCUCAUCCGAGUGCUCUUCCCCUCCCUCAUCUCGGCGUGCUACAACAACUCUCAAAACAAGGUGAUCCUGCAGCAGGAGAUGAGCUGCGUGCUGCUGGCGACGUUCAUUCAGGUAAAUAUGAGAGUGUGAUCACACAUACACAGAUAGAUGUAUGACGGCUGAAGGAUUCAGUGCAUAAUAUAAAGCAAAAAGAAAUACAACCAGAGGAGUUAACGAAAAUGUUGACAUAAAAAGAAAGACAAAAAUAUUCAAAAACAUCUACUUAAGAGUUCCACGUCUCCAAACAAAGCCUCCAAACUCAAUAAAAGUCCCUCGCAUCAGGAGCGGCUGAUUAAUAGUUGCUCACACGGGCCCCUGGUGAAUCUGUAACAGGCGGGCUUUUACAAAGAUAAAUGGCUUCCUUCACAGUGGAUUUACCUGCCACUGGUUCAACUCCCAGUAAACAGCUUGUCUCCUUCAUCUUCCUCUGACAAGCCGCCCCACACCACUCUGCAAACACCACUGUUUAGAUACCAACUAACUCCCAUUCAAAGGGAGGUAAGCCUUUGUCGUUUCUUUCAAACAAAGCAAUAAUGCAUGGUGUCCUGCCCCACCACCCUCAUUGUUGAGUUAACCUCAUGACCAUUCCUCAGAGUGAGACCAUUUGAUUCAAGAUCGUUUCCUGUGGCACAUAAAACUUAGCACACUGGUUUAGUAGAAGUUUAGAGGUAAGAUUUUCUGUUUUAUCUGGAUGGCUGAAUUAAAACUAGAUGAAUGAGGAAAAUUGUUCACACAGACAUGAACGCUUUGUAUUUAUUUCUUAGGACUGCGCCUCUAAUGAGAAAGACAACAAAACCAAGCAAGCAGGUGAGUUAUCACAGUAUUUUCAACCAGUAAGACAAAUCGAAUUGAUAGUUCUGACACUUUAUAGAUAUUCUUAAUCCUUUGUCAAAUACAAUAGAGAUCUUAAGUAUGUUUGUUUCUGUUCAUAGUCUCUCCACCCCUGGAUUUCUGUGAGCUGUCGAACCGCUUUCCCAGAGACCAGUGGGAUUCAGCGCUGCAGUUUUUUCUGAAGAAACAAGACGAGUGAUGGAGUUGCACACUGUCCCUAAAACUGGAUGUGGACAGUAUAAACACUACAAAAGACUGGGAUCAAAAAUGAAACUAGAUUCUUUUUUCUUUUGUUUUGGUUCCUUGCUGUAGUUCUGCACAUCAGUAAAUAGUCUUCAAAUGUAAAGAUGGUGAAGCCUUAUCCUGCAUUUGAUUCGAUUUCCUAGAAAUCAGAAUAUUGAUCAUGAGGAUUUUGCACAAGAUGUCUUGUUUGUACUUUUAGAAUACGCACAACUAUUCCAUUUAAUGUCAAAGCAAGCCAUUUGUUUCUCUUGUAUCUGUUGAAGACGAAAAACUGACCCUUUCUAAACCUGAAAUAUAUACUUACACUGUUAUUUAUAAUUUGCCAAACCUUUUCACAAUACUGUUUAUGUUAACUUAUUAUGUUUGUUUUGAAUGUGAAUGACCAGAAUGUUAUUUCUAGUUUAUAAAGCCAGUGACGAGUUAUAUGACCUGCCUUUACUGCAAUUAUAUGUUGAGUCAUAUUUUUCAAGCUCUUUCUUUUUCUGUUAGAAGGCAUUUAAAAGUUGAUAUAAUUUAUUGAGUUACGCUAUUUACCUUUAUUGUCAAAUAAAACAAAUGGUAACAUUGUUUUUCCUGUUUUAUUCUGUUUAAACUGUUAAAAUUGGAUUAAAAUCAUAAAGAUAACUUUACUAAAAUCAG